UCGUCAAAUCGCCGUAGUUAUUAUUGCACGUACGGAAUUAUUAACGCGCAAAACCACCCCGCGGUACACGCUCGUUCGUCUGCUGCGGCGGCCGCCACACGGAUAUACGUGCGGUAUUGUUCAGUACGCGACUCGACGCGGUAUAUUAAUAAACGGGCGGAUACCGGAGUCCGCGAGUAAACAAUAUAAACGUACUCGAAUAAAUUUGCACCGGGCCAAUCGUAUCGUAUCGACCUUUCGACGGGGGCUUUCCCAGGGAAAUGCCGCUAAUGCUGUUGCUAAACUCUGUCACCGUCGCCGUAGUCCGUCCGUGCCAAAUAGUUAACAACAGAAAAUCGGAAAACACGUGCACCGCGGUUCGGGGACACCGUAGUCUCGUCAAACUGCCGAUGGCAAAGGUAAGACGCGAUUGACACGGGACUCGUAUAAGUGCAGUCGCGAACGCACUUAUCAUUCAAUCCCUACAUUUUUGCCUGCGAUUGCCUUUGAUAGGUUAUAUUAUUAACGUAACGUCGUAGAAUACAUAUUUUUAUUAAUUGGGUUUUUCGGUUUCUUGUAGUUUUAGCCGAUAUCAUAACAAUUUGAUGGUUAUCGACACGUCAUCAUAAAUAAUACCUAAGAAUGGGCCCCCUCCCAUUUUAGAACUGGGACGAGGGCUGCAGGCUUAUCCGACGAAUAAAGUUCAGAAGCUCAUUUUAUAAAUAUGUGCCGAUGUAACUAGGACUUGGGAGCUUAGCCUCUGUAAACGUGCGCCUGAUACUCCAAUAGGGUUGUUUUCAAAAAUAUUGGAAAAGAUAUUUUGGCGGUCGGGUACGGGGGCUUGAGUCUCAGUGACUUAACAUAUCCUAACUUUGCCUAUGUAAGUAUAAUAUACGUAUACGCUGACGAAAACGGUACGUGCAGAUUACAAAACUAUUGUAAUUCUCGAUAGUUCGUAAAAUUUAAGGAUUAAGAAUAAUAUUAUUAUUUUAUGUUUAUUUUUAUAUAAUAAAAAUAUACUACGUCCAUGACCUACAAUAAUAAUAAUAAUAAUAAUAAAAAAAAACCAUUAAAAAAAAAUACAAAUAUUAUAUACUACUUUAAUUUUAGUAUAUGGCAAUUGUAUUUGGUGUUCCAUCCCUGUAAAUCCACUACCGUUUUUCCGCGUCCGAAGUAUUUUUUUUUUUUAAUUUCAAUACAUAAGUUAUAAGUGAGUUUAUAUGUAAAUUAACGAAAUAUUCACAGUCCUAUAGUAAUAAUAAAUCAAGAAUACCUGGUAUUACCAUAUAUUCAACAUGAAACAACUACUAGCCUGGUAGUUUAUUUUCGUAACCGGCUUAAACACUAUAUUCUAUUGGCAUUUGACACCUGCAGUGACGUAUAAAGUAUUUUUUUUUUUGUAUGAGGCCCAGCAAUAUUCUAUACUUAAUACCAUCGUUCACCAACAUCCCUCUUCUAUGGAGUGAUGAACUGUUAUUACUUCAAACCGUUUAAAUCCACUGUAGUAUAAAAAUCACGGUCAUGAGCACUUCAAAAAAUUACUAUCAAAAAAUUAUCGAUACAUUUGUUUUGUUUUAAUGAACUAUCGAAUAAUUGGUUCUUAACCGAAUAGUUGUUAACCCAUUCGAACUGAAUGCGAUCAAUCAUCGAAUGAAUCGAUAGUAAAAAUUUGGUUUUCCGUAUCACGAAUAAAAUAUAUACAGUAAGUUCCAUUCCGUGUUGGACGGAUUUUUUUGGCGCUGUUAGUAUUAAAUUUGUUUUGAUUUUUUUUUUCAAUCGAUUUGUUUUCGAGAGGGAGACAUCGAUUUGGAGACAAAUUAUAUUUUAUUUUCAUCCCCUAAAAAAAAAAAAAAAAAUAAAUUUAUUUAUUCACAAAAAAAAAAUUUCAAAAUGGCCAUUUUGUAAAAUAUAUUAUUCUAAAAAAUGUAAUGUAUCAUACAUUUAUAUCCGAUUAAUAAUUUCUUAGUUAUAGCCGUUUUAAUUAGGUGUGAAAAUAAUUAACUAUCAAUAAAAUAACUCGUUAUGCGAUAAGGAAUUUAUUAUAAUCAGCAGAGAAACAAUUCUUUACCUACUAUUGAAUAUUAAUUUUUUUCACGCCUAUUUUCUAGAAAUUAAAACGGCUAUAGUAAAGAAACUAUUAUAAUGGAAUAUUAAAUGUAUAAAACAUUAACAUUUUUAGAAUAAUAUUUUUUACAAAAUAGUUAUUUUGAAUAUUUUCUAAAAUGAAUAAAUAAAAACAUUUUUUUUUUUUUUUUUGUCUUUAGAGGAUGGAAAUAAAAUUUAAUUUGUCUCCAAAUCGAUAUCUCCCUCAAAGACAAACCGAUUGAAAAAAAAAAAAAAAAAAUCGAAACAAUUUUAAUAUUAACAGCACUAGAAAAAUCCGUCAAACAUGGAGAGACACAUUAUAUAUAAUAUUGUUAUAAAGUCAUUCUCAAAAUCCAUGACAAAGAAAACGCGAAAGAACCUGGAAAACGUAAUGACGUAAAUAUUGUUAUUUACCAAAUUAUUCCUUUCCGAGUUUUGAUAUUUCAAAUUUUGCUAACCAUCCAAAAUAAGUUUGAGUUAGGUUAGGACACAGGCUCACCGGCAUAAAUAAGAGAGAACAAGGAAUGGCUUAGACCAAAUUAACGAUUUUGUAGUCCUCAAAAUCAUGUCUAAGUAAUUAGUAUAAUGGUGACAAAAAAGGCAUGGGUGUCAUUCUGCCAGUGAGUUUAAGCUCCGGUAACUUAAACAUUUUUGUUAAGUUUUCGCAAAGGACCUACACAAAAGAAAAGAAAAAUAAGAAAAAUAAAAAAAAUUCUCUAUCAAGCCUCUAAUCGACAUGAUCGUAAUGAUAUAAUAAAACAACACGUCCGUUAUUGUUUGUUGAGACAUUAUAAUAUUAGAAUCAUAAUAUUUUAUAUUUUAUCGAUUAGAUUUUUGUAAAUGCAUAAAUGGUCCAAAAGUUUCGAGUUACAUUAAUUUAGCUGUACCGAUCAUUAGUUACAAUGCUGAAAUGGAAAACUUUGGCGUUUUAGACCGCGAAUUAAUUUUGGACUUUUUCGGUAUUUACCAACAAGUACGGCCGAUAACAUCUUGCUACGCUUUGAAUCUAAAAAUACAAAGAUAUAUCACAUGCAUCCUAGUUGAACAUUCAUUCAUUAAUCGCUUUGCUAUUUGAAUCCGAAAUAAUAGUACGUCAUAUAUAUAAUGUUAUUAUUUAUUAGUUUUUAGUAUAGGUAGGUAGUGAAUUAAUGACAACGUAGGUGAAUCCUUUUUUGCGAUAACAUUUUCACCGUUGUAUUUUAUAAAAUAAUAAUAAUCCCUCCAAAGAAUUAAAAUCGCUGAAUAUUUACGUUAGAAUUAAUUAAUUAUCUCGUGACAGAAUGCUAUUGAAAACGAAAUUUUUGUUGCAUCUUCUCGAGAAUCUAGACGAGUUUAAUUACAUAAUCUUAUAUUUGUAAUUUAAAUAUGAAAAAGAGUUAAUACUAGGAACGGGUGUGGCCACUGUUCUAGGUAGGCAGUGGGGAAGAUUGGAUACAUAAAGUUAUUUAAUUUAUACCUGUAACUGAAAUUAAAAUAUUGAUAACGAUAACCGAUUCGGAGCUAAUUUCGGUUAUAUAUGUUUUGAAAGUCCGUAAUACUUACGAUUUUCGUCAAAAUUUAUCAUUAAAAUUCUUACUAAAAAAAAAAAAAUCAAUACACAUUAAACAAAAAUUGUUUUCAUUGACCACUUAGUACAAUUCAUAAUGAACCUCCGUUAAAUUGUCAAGCAUUUUUAUUGACUGAGAAUACAACAAAAGAGGUUGAUGCCGUAUUUCUAUUGGAGCAACAUGUCUGGUAUAAAACAUAAGUUGAACAUAUUAAAAUAAUUAAACCAGGACGCUACGUUGCUAUAAACAUUAAUUAAUUUUAAUUCUUUGGUUUUUUCCCAUUUAUUCGAAAAACUACUUUUGAUAUCAAAGAACGACUUAUUCUAUCAAUGGAAAAGUAUUCAGGCCGGUUUACACGCAAUUACUUAUUGUACGGUUUAUCGGAUAUUAACCCUACAAUGCAUGACUUUUUUAUUUUAUUUUUUUUUUGUCCAUUGACCACUUAUUUACAGGAAAAAUAUUUAUUUUUUUUUUUUUAAAUCCUAUUCAGAUAAGUAAUUUUUUACAAUACUACCGGUAGGCAACAUCAUGUAUAGUAGGGUUAAAAACGGACAAAAUAAUGUAAAUUUUAUAAUAUCUACACGUUCCGUUUAUUACUCAAUUUUCCAUCUCAGUAUCAACUGUAUUUUUCUUCAGUUAAUGUUCAGUGCUAUAAAAGAAUAAUCUUAUGUUCAGUUUUUUUUAGUGACUUUUAACGAUAUGGAAGAAGUACUGCUGUGGUUUUUUACCAUAAUAUCGUUAUAUUACGGGUACAUCAGCUUAUGGGAAAAAGGAAGGUAAAGAGAAGAAAGCGGUCAAGGAAAUGGCUUUUAAAAAGAACUCAGUACUUCCGUGACAAUUUACUAAAAUAAUUGAUUAUUGAAUCUGUUAUAUUAAUGAAGAAUGAUGAUAAUGACUGGUGUCAUUAUUUGCGUAUGAAUGCUACGACUUACAAUUGAUUGUUGGAACUGGUAACGCCAUACAAAAAGAAAGAUGACGAAAAGUUGUAUAAUGCACCGAACCUGUGUUUACAUGCAACGACUUGUCUUUCAAUUUAACGGAAAAUGAAUCCGUGCCCAUCAGACUUUCGAUCCAAGAAAAAAAAUCGAUCUCUUGUCAUCUUUAGAUUGGAGCAUUAUUUUUAGAAGUAAACAUCGUGUAAACAUGAUAAAAACAAUGAAAACGGUAACGCCAUGUCGUUGCGCGUCGUUAAUAUUUUCUGUUUUACUUAUAAUUUUCUUAUUAUUCAUGGACCCCCAACAUGUAAUUACUAUAAUUUAUAACAUAAUAAUUUCUUAUCAUUUUAUUAUUAUUGUAUUAUUAUUAUUAUUAUUAUUUUUAAUUGAAACUAAACGGUUUUUACAGUAAAAUGGUAUAUAAACGAAAACAAUCACAGUAAUUAUGAUACAAAUACAAUAAAAAAUGUACACGUAAAAUUUAAAAAGCAUUUUGUUUUAUUAAUUGUUAAUUAUUAUAAUACGAUUAUAAUAUUAGAAAGUUUUACAAAUAUUGCCAAUUAAAAUACUAACAGUUAGGUCUACCGAUUAGUCAAUUAGGAUUAAAAAUAACAAAAUUCGGAUUCGGUGUUUUCACCUGACUCUGCACCUUGCAUGCUCUAAUAGUCUUAACCCAAAAAUUAUUUCACCAAAUAAAAGACUUCAACAUUUAGUAUCUUUUUACAGAGAAAAUCUUCGUAUGUUUUAUAUUUUCAAUUGAACCUUUUUAGAUUAAGAGUAGGAAUUGAUACCCGAUAACAUCGCCUAAUCAACCACAAAAGUGAUAGGUUACAUUUACUAGGCAAUGAUAUCAUUUCAUAACAUUAUAUUAUAGGAAUGAUCACCAAUUCCUAGGAAUUAUAACCAUUUGCGGUGACAUAUACAAAUAAUAUUUGAUCAACUUUUUCGUAAACAAAAAUAAAAGGUAAACAUUUAUUAUUUAAGAUGUGUGUAUCUAAAGUAUAAACCCUAAAGGAACAAUAGUAUUGAAAUAACCAUCGAGGAAUAUUCUAGUUUUAAAUUUUUUUUCUUUUUAUUAUUAUUGUUAAUUUUAGAUUUAUAGUGUAAUAUCGAAGAGUUGUUGAUAGUUUUAUUGAUAGAUGUGUUUUUUCCAUUUUACUCCAAUUUUCAAGAAUAUACAUUUUUUCUGAAAAUAUAUCUGACUGCAAUGAUAUUUUAAGAAGGUUAUAUUUUGAUUCCCCCAGCUAUUUUUAUAAUAAAAGGGGAAAAAAGGGAAAAACAUAGGAAAAACAAGAAAAUAGGUACAAUAUUCUACUUUGCGAGUCAAUCAGUGGUAUUUAAAUUCCCUUCUUUUCCCAGAAAUCAGGAAUUUUACGAUAUUAAAAAAAUAUUAUCAAAGAAAAUAUAUAAUGCAUAUGCAAUUAUUUCAACAUGAGGUAACGUGAGGAGGGAAGCCCAUCAGUGUGGAAACCCUCUAACUUGGGGAAUUUCAUUAUUUUAAAUUUUAAUUUGUACGGCUUAUGUUUUUUACCAUAAAUAUUGCUCAAAUAGAUAAAUGACAAGAGACAUUUUGUUGAAUUUUUAAUUCAGUUCAUGAGUAAUUUAUUUUAUAUUUGGUUUUCAUUGUAGUUUUUUUAAUAAUUAGAAAAAAAUGUAAAAUUAAAACUGACAAAUUUGUGGCGUUACGAUUUUAUUAUUUUUAACUUUUACGGCUUAUGUUUUCUAUCAUAAAUAUUGUUUCUAUUAAAAAACAUCAAGAAAUCUUUUUCGUUGAAUUUAUAAUCUUAUUGGUGAACAAGAAAGUAGAUUUUUGAUUUUCUUUGUAGUUUUUUUUAAUAACUGAGCACAACCGAACAAAAAUUCAGAAAGUACGGGGAAAUAAACAAUAAUAAUUAUUUUAUUAUUUUUCAGUUUCAUUUUUUUAAUGAAAUUUAGUUUAAUAUAUUCAUAGAAUGUCAGUUAAAAAUGUUUGUAUCGACUCUAUGGACUUCAAAUUUGGACGGAAAACUUAUAUUUGCUGUUUCUAGACGAGGUAAAAUGUUUAAAAAAUUUGAACAGGUUAUUUCUUAAAUGUCGUACAUUGUGGUAAAAAAAAAUUGAGUUUGAUGUAGUAUAUUUUAUAAAGGAAUUUUAAUACCAAAUUUUGACGAAACUCGUAAAUAUUACGGCCUUUCAAAACAUGCAUAACCGAACUUCGCUCUGAAUCGUUUUCGUUAUUAAUGGUUUAUUGUUAGUUAUAGGUAUCAAUUAAAUAACUUUAUGUAUCCCAACUUCUUCACUAUCCAUCUACAACAACAGCCGUUAUCAGUGACAAUAUCAGCUCUUUUGUUUAUAAAAUUUGCUAUUAGAAAAUAAAAAGUAGUUAGUUGUUUCAUUCCUUAAAAUAAGGACAACAAAGAAACAGAGUAUUGUAAUAUUUUAGACCUAUUUCCAAAAUAUUCUUAAAAGUAAAUUCCGAAAAAGUUAAAAUUUUCCGAGUUAAUGAAUGUCUUACAUUAUGUUGAUUACAUACAUGGUAAUUGACGUUAGAUCUUUUAAUCUUUACAUUUGUUGGUUAUUUUUUGAUAUCUGAUGUCUGUUGUUUUAUUACGAGUGUAUCAUCUCCAUCUAUAUGCAAUAUCACUCCCCGAAUUGGAUUGUGCACUUGACUACCAUUUCAGAUAAUCAGUUUCUGGAUACAGAUAACUGAAGGAAUGGUUACCAGACGGAAUAUCUUAUAGAGACCGAAUGAAAUUAAACAAUAAUAAUAAUAAUUAAUACUACACUGCAUGUAUUUGGCCAUAGAAAAACUUGUAAUAGGUAAUCAGUAAAUUGUGAGCUUGUGUUUUAUUAGAAUUAUUAUUAUUUUAUUAUGCAUUCAUGAUAAUUUAGUUAUGCAAAUUUUUAACGGUUUAUCGACUAACAAUCAUCAUUAUUAUGAUAUUUAAACAAACAAAUUAGUAAUAAAUUAUUAUUUUACAAUUUUAAUUGAAUUAAUAAGAAACAAAUAUUACAAAAAAAAAAAAAUGUAUAACUCGUCUAUUUUUAGAAUUCUCUCCGGUAAAAUCGAAAUUUCAAUAAUUAUAACGUUAUUUAUAUAAUAUGAACAAUAAAUUCUGUAGAAAUCAAUUUAUUUGUACACCGAAAGUUUUAAUCGAAUAGUUUUAAAAUUUUAAAAUUAUAAUUAAAAGUUGUUGUCUAAAAAUCAAUAGUCAACUUCACGGUUUUGCGUACAUAGACCUAUAUAAAAACGGUGAAAAUUAGAAAACUUUUCGAAAGAACCGAUGGCAUUUGACUUAACGGCGCCUUUAUAUCACUGUAGCUAAGCUAUGUUAGUAAAAUAAAUCGUAUACAAAUAUCUUACCUAUUCAGCGAACACAAAAUUAAAUGUGCAACAAGCAUCAUAAGAAUUCUAACGAAAUGCAUAAUAUUACAUAGUAUUUCAUUAUUAUUUUCAGAAAUUAUUUUUUUUUCAGUCAAAUGAUGUUUUAUAGAAUAUUAUACAGAGUGAUUUUUUUAUCAUUCCCCAGCAAAAAUUUCGGAGGAUUUUAAGUGCAUUUGAUUUUUGUUUUUGUUUUUUUUUAAUCUCGUGGAAUCGUUUAACUUUAUUCAAAAACCAUUUAAUUUUUUAUCCAUAUAUCUAAAAUAAGUGCAUACUUUUGUUUUUCAAAUAAAAACCCCCUCUUUGGAUACAGAUUAGUAAACCUAAUAUUAGUGUUAUGCAUACCGAAAUUUCUCAAAAAUAUCCAUCUAUAAUAUUUACUCUUAUCUAUGUCCAAAAAGGAUGUUUCCUAUUUGAAAAAACAAACAGUAAUCAAAUUCACUUAAAAUCCUGAUAAUUGCGUGUUCACGAGAAAAAAAUCAUUCUGUAUUCGUACAUUUGAUCAGUUAAAUUUCGAUAGUUUCAUAGUAUCUAAAUUGUGUGUAUAUUUUACAACUCUACAUCAUCUCGUUUUAUACAAAUUGAUCAAUUUAUCGUAAGACACUCAUCUCGGAAAGUAUUAACAUUUUUCGGAAUUUGUCUUAUAGAACAUUAAGAAAACAAGUAGCUUUACUAUUUUACAUCUAUGAUAUUAUUUUUCACUAUUGUUUUUGGGGGUAAAAAAUAAAACAAGAUAUUCCACUUUUAAGUUUGGGUCAGGGGAGAGUAGUGGAGCAUCAUUUGUGUGACGGCAAAGCGCGUGGCGUUUAAAUAAUGCAUCACUACUCUUCCCCGACGAAAACGUAAAAGUGGAAUAUCUCGUCAACGGAUUGACGGAAACGAAACAAUUCAGCAACGAAAUUUAUUUCAGCUAAUUCUCCAUAUAUUUAUAGAAAUGUUAACAUGAAUUUCUGUUUGAAAACCAAAAUCAAAAUUGGGUAGUAAUUUUGUUUCCAAAAUUAAUAAAAGUGUAAAAUUGUAGAGUGGAUUGUUUCUUAAAUGUUCUAACAAAACAAAUAAAAAAAAUAAAACGAUAAAACAAAUUCUGAAAAAAGUUAACAAUCCCCAAAAUAAUUAGUGUCUUACGAUAAAGAGAUCUUGCAAUGAUUAACCAUUGCUAACGUAAGAACGAUUCAGAGGGGAGUUCAGUUGACAGUGUUACUUUGUUAAAAAUAUAAUAUAUUAUAUUUCAUAUUAUGGUAAAAUAAUUAAACAUGAAUUAUACAUUUUCUAUAAUAAUAUCUGUUUAAUAUUGUACCUAUUUUUUCGUUUUUACUACGUUUUUCCCGGUUUCCCUAUGUUUUUUCUCGGGUUUUCCUAUUUAUUAGGAAACUCCUAGAGAAAACCAAAAAAUUACCUCCUUAAACUACUACUCCAGUCAGAUUUUCUUUUAGAAAAAUUGCUAUUAUUGAAAAUCUGAGCAACAUUUUUGGUAGAAAAAUUGUCCACAGAAAAGAAAAAAAUAAACUGUAUAAUAGUAUAACAGUAAAACUGUAUAAUACAUUUUAUAACUAUCAGCUUCUUCGCUCCACUUAGAAUCUAAAAUAGUAUUCGAAUUUUGUAUUUUAUAAUAAUUUUUUAAACAAGUUGGUCAUAAAAAAAUCACUAUAUCAUAAUACGGUUUUUAAUUUUCUUUGUAGUUUUCAUAAUUGCGCAAAACCGAAAACACGUAUAAAAAGAACAGGGAAAUUUACGAAAGUAAUUUUAUUAUUGUUUUUAAUUUUAUUUUUUUAAGUUAAUUCCGUUUAAAAUGUUCGUAGGAACUUAAAAUGUUAACUGAAAACUUAUAUAUUUUUUUUUUUUGGCGUCGUGAAACUUCCAGAAUACUUAAGCAAUUUUUGAGCAAUUUUUAGAUAUUUUAAUUUUGCGAGUUUUUUCGGUAAUUUUUAUUUGGUAGGUAGUAGAUACCCCUCUGUAAAUAAAUUGUUAGCAGUAAUAGGAACGCUGGAAAAUUGUAUAGCAAGUUCAUUAUAAGUUGUAAAAAAAAAGAAUAGUCCAAUUUAGUAUUUUUUUUUUUUUAUUUUUUUAAUGAGAUUUUUAAAAUCAAAUUUUGACGACAACCGUUUAUAUUACAGCGUUUUAAAAUAUUUAUAACCGAACUUCGCUCUAAAUUGUUUUUCAUUAUCAAUGUUUUAUUAUAGUGGCGGCACCCAUCUCCAGUAUUAGUUCUUUUUAUUUAUUUAUUUACUUAUUUAUUUCUUCUUCUUCUUCUUCUUCAUCUUCUUCUUCUUCUUUUUCCACCUUCCCAACUACACACCUACAACAGUGGCCGUACCCGUCCCCAGUAUCGGCUCUUUUUCGUUGUUUUUUUUCUCAAUGAUACUGGCAAUACCCAGUUUUUUAUAUAAGUAAUAUUUUUAAAAUAUAAGUAUUUUAUUGAAAAUUUGACUGUGACAUGCAAUUUGAUAAACCUUGUGUUCGUUUACAUAUAGUAAAAAGCACGCUCAAUAUUAUUAAUACAGUUUUCGAUUAAAUAGUUAUUUAAAAAUAAAUUUUAUAAACGAUACACACCAAAACUGUCCACACUGGGCUUACCUCCCAGUAUAAAAAAAAUAUAAAAACUAUUUGCAUAAUUCGUGGAUCUAAUAAUAUAACAUGAAAUGUCGUACCUUCAUAAACAUUAUUAUUAUUUUUGUUUUUAAAUAUGAAUUCUGUUUUUACUCAGUUGUAUUCGUGACAUUUUUAAAACCGACUGUGUUUAUUUCGAUUAGUAAUUCCUUUAUUUCGUGUAUUGUGCAUACGAACAGAAUACAACGUCAAGUUUCUUUAUAAGCAAAAGGAAUUUUUUAAACAAUUUAGUGAUUCGUGCCAAUAAUUGUGGCAAGUAUUCUAAGUGUCUAUAUCACAGAUAGUAUUGUACAUAUUUGUUUAGGUUUUUUUUUUUUUUUUGGUUUUUAAACUAAUAUAUUAUGCGCCAUAAGUAUUCUAAUAAUCCAUUGGAACGGCCGAACGAUAUAUUUUAAACUAUCCGAGAAUAGACCUGAAAAAUUACCUAAAUCGUUGUCUGAGCAAAUACAAUAUAUUAUAAUGUAAUCUAUUAUUAAGUAUUUAAUUGAUCAUUAAAAUUAAUACAGUGUGAGUGUUUUUUUAUACGCGUAAGCUUACGAAUACCUGAAUUUUUCCUGACAAUACUCGUAUAUUUGAUAAAUUUUAAUAACAUACAACACAUAAACAUCAUUUCAAUUAUUUAUUUAAUACAAAAGUGACAAAUUUAUAAUAACAUGCACCUCUUACAUAAAUAACUAAAUCUACAUCGACAUUAGAGACUAUUUCCUGUUCCAUGAAAAGUAAAAUUAACGAUUCCAUAUGAUCUUGGGCCAUGGUACUUCUUAAUUAACUUUUCACGAUACUUAAUUUUGAAAAUAACCGUUUACACGAACAACUAUUAAAAUGUACAAUGCUCCUUUAAUCUAAUAUUUAUUUCUACGAUAAUUACAAUGUUUGUUUAUUAUUUGUACUUUGGUAGACAACAACAUCUAGCUGUUAUAAUUGUGAUAAGUUUUUCCUAGCGAAUUAAAUAUAUUUUAUGUUAUAUUAUUUUUUUUUUUCGCGAAACAUGAUUAACUUUUACCGGAUAUAUUAAAAUAAUAUAUUAUUUUUUAUUCUAGUAACAUCGGUUAAAAUACCGGCCCUACGCUCUGGGAUUUAACAUUUUAGGGCCCCAAUUUUAAAAUGUCUGGAGGUGCUCAAGCACACCCAGCACCCCCUGUACGCAUGCAUACGGUUAUACAUAAAUGCAUGAAGAUUUUUAUAGAUUUACAUUUUUUUUCGGCCUUAUGCAUUUUAUUUUCACCGUGUUUAUUAAUAAUAUAUAUUAAUUUCGAAAUUAAAUUUUGUGUACAUUCUCAUUCAUUUUAUUAUGAUGUAUGUCUUUUUUCUUUUAGUUUUCCAAACAAUUUUCAUAAUAAUUGGAAAAACUCAGAAAAAGACGAAAAAUGAAAACGAAUAAAUUUACGGUGUACGUUUUCAUUAUUUAAAAUUCGUACGCACGAUGUUUUCUACCAGAAAAAUUAAUCAAAUAGAAAAACGACAAAAAUUUUUAAUAUGAAUGGUGAAUAAGAGAGUCGUUUUUUGGUUUUGUCUGUAGUUUUUUUUAUUAAUUAAGAAAUCCCCUUCCCUCCCCCCCUAAAAAAAAACUAAGAAAUAGUGGUAUACACGUAAUUUACGAAAAUAAUGUUUUUAUUAUUUUUAAUUUGUUUUUUAUUGUAAUUCAGUAAAAAAUAUUCGUGGAGACUUGAAGUUUUGAGAGAAAAUCUGUAUUUACCUCUAGACGUGGUCUAAUUUUAAAAAAACAUUUGAGUUAUUUACAGAUAUUUUAAGGUCGCGAGUGUUUACGCAAUUUGUAAUUGAUAAGUACUCUGUGGAUAAAAUUGAUUGACUAAACAAAAAUGGUUAUAAAUUAAACAGGAGAAUCAUUAUAAAUCAUUAUAGAUCAUUAUUAAUUGUACUUAGUGGUCGAAAAAAGUAGAAUUAUAGUAAUGUAUAAUAUUUUGUAUUAUAUAAGAGUUAAUAUGAAAUUUUUACGAAAAUCAUAAAUAUUCAAAACUUGUAUGACCGAACUUUGCAUCGAAUCGUUUUUCGUCCGAAGUGGUUUACACUGCUUACAGAUAUACAUUAAAUAACUUUAUGUAUUCUACCUUUCCAACUUUCCACCUACAACAGUGACACAUCCAUUUGCAAUAUCAGCUCUUUUUUUUUCUUAGCGUUCAUAUCCGUUUUGUAUGUCAGAAAUCAGAAAUUAUGUUUUUUCGUCGAUGAAUAAUGCAUGUAACAUAAUUCACUUGAUGUUACGCUUAACCUUCUUCUAGUGCUAGAACUAUUACUUUAAAACUUUUUUUUACAACUUCACAGUUUCGAUGCCAAUUCGGUAAUAAUUAUUAAAACAAAUAUCUAACAGUAAUAAUAACAUUUCGAAUAAAGUUUCGAUUUUCGGGGGUCCAUUAAAAUAUUCGGAGGGGUUAAGACCCACUAAAUACCCCCUCGAUUUCCACCUAUGAAUACACUUAAGUUGAAUAUACACUACAUCCGUGAGAUAUUUGAAAUUUGGUGAUGUAACCAUAUUUCUAAAGCUUUAGUUUUACUGUUCGUUGGUUUUGUUAACGUCCAAGUCACACAGAAGUACUUCAAAUAAUAUUAUUUGGAUAUCAUUUCCAAAACAGUGUCGCCCAUAGAAAAUCCACGAACGAUUUUGAAAUAAUAAGUGAAUAUGAAAAAUUUAUAAUAUUCACGUUUUUCGCGUUUGAUUUUUUUGGAAAUAAUAUGAUAAUUUAAGAAGGGAACGGUUAAUAUUAUAGAACUAAAUUAAAAUAUGUUGGUUUUUUAAAAUAAUAUGAAAAUUCUCGUUAAAAAUAAACUUAAAUUUAUCAUAUACUCGAUGUGAAAUAUUAGUUUCUCUACUUGAAGUUAUUUUUGAAACUAAAAAGAGCACAUUUUUAAACCCGUACAUGCGACUGUACGUAAACCUAUCCUUGAAGAUUUCAAAAAUAAUAAUAAUACCGUAUAGGUUGUACCUGUGCUGUGACUGUGACAUAAUAAUUGUGUCACAGCGUGGUUAACCCCAUAAUUCUGUAUAACUGUGUAUAAUAUUUACAUAAUGUAGAGUAUAUAGCACUCGAAAAUUUAAUUCAAGUGCGAGUAUGUGAAACCAACUCAAAAUUGCAUGUUAAUAAUAAAUAUUAUACACGGAUAUAUAUUAUAUAUAUAAUUUUUUAGAUUUUCCCGUGGGCUUUUUAAUUUUUUUCUGACUUCCCAAAAUCAUACAUUACAUUUAUGCAAUUAGCGUGUUUAUCCCCCCCCUUUUUUUUCUUUUUUUUUUUGGUUAGAUUUAAAAGAUAUUCAAAUUUUGAUUUUUGAAAUUUUUAAUCGUAGUUAAUGCCGAUAUUUUCGAAUAUUUCGAUUUUCCACGAGGUUCACGAUUUUUCAAAUAAGUAUCUGUAUUCAAAAUAUCGCUAUAUCACUAUAUUACUUUGAAUAAAUUUUCAAAAAAUCAAAAAUGACGUAAAUAUUGUUAAGUAGUUGUUUAUGUCUAGGUAUCAAGUAUGUCUAGUAUAGGCUAGUAUGUCAAGUAUAACGUGAUAAUAGUUACAACAGGAAUCACAAAUCUAAAAGAAUAAAAAUUCGUAUUCAAAUCUUUCGAUUUUAAAAAUUCAACAUCUCUAUAAUAUUAUGGAUUAUGUAAAUGGUCCGCCCGUUAUGAACGACCCUCUCAAUAAGUUUUUCCUAAACAUUUUUAUUGAAUUUAUUUCUUAUACGAAAACUAAUAUAAUGCGAUAAAAAAAGAAGGUAUAGAAAACUGGACAUAUUUACGUUCGGGAAAUUUUAUUGGCUCUGUUCGCUAUUUGCUAUUCGCAAAAUAAUUAGAUGGCGUGCUAUUGUAUUAAUAUUUCUUUUCAAUAAUAAUUUUUAUUAUUAUCGCAUUCGAAGGUACAUGCAUGUAUGUGGAAUAUCUGUUUUUUCUUCUUGAAAAGUACCCGCGGACAAAUAAUUGUCAAAUUUCGUAUUCAGAGUUGUACCCACCGUCGUAUGUAUAUACGCUGGAUAUAAAAUAUGCUAAUAUGCCGAAAAGCUGUAUAUAAAAUAUACGGGGUAAUUUUUACUACAUAAGUAUAUAUCCUUAAAAAAAUGUUUGCAGAAAAAGAAAAAAGUGUAGAUCGCUUUAAAGUUUUUACUGCUUAUUUAAAAACAAACCAAACAAAAAACUGUUUAAUAUUUUUCAUAAACAUAAUAAUUAGAUACGAAAUUGUAGUACGAAUAAAUUAUAAUUGCACAUACGGGGAAAACAGUAGAUUUUCAACACACAUUCCGAAUAAAAUAAUGCCUAGGUAUGCAACUGCGAACGAUAAAUAUUAUUCGGCCUCGAUAGCGAACAUAGUUUGUUUAAAGUGUUACAUAUUAAUAUUAUGUUUUGUACUUCCUAUAUACUUACCUUAUACAGAUCAGGUUUUGUUCUGGUUUUGAUCGAUCUAUACCAUUCCCAUCGGCAGUUCGUAUCUGCACGUGUCGGGCUUUUCAGAAAAUACAAACUUUCCAAAAGUGUAUGGAAGAAAAAAAAUUUAUUUAUAGGUUAUAUAGGUACGCUCGUACGAAUUUGGUUAUGCAAAGUGAUGCAGUGUUAACUGCUAACAUUGAAUAUUAUAUUAGGCAUAUACGUGAAUUGGUAGGUAAUGUAAAAUUACCGAUAAGUAAAAUGUAUAUAACUGUACGGUUUUAAAACGCGGAGUGAUUUAAAUUGAAUAUCCCGCGAAUAUAUGAAUUUACAUUUGAAUGGGCAAGCAUAUACCUACGCCAGUAUCCACAAAUUUGUUGAUAGUAACCGGGGACUGUAUCUCCUUAAAAAUUUUAAGUGAUUACAACAUAAUUAAAUUCGUUCCAUUUAAAUUAUAUAACAACCCCGGAUAGACGGUGAUGAUCGGUAACAUUUCGUCACCUCUCCUAGAAAUAUUACUACUACUUAUUAAACCUAUUUGGGAACCAAUGUAAGUAAUGUUAUCUCCUUGCGUGGCCAUGCUAUUAUUAAAUAAUCAGUUUAAUAGUAUUAUGAGAGUUUAUUUUUAAAUGUUUAAUUUCGUUCGGUUGAAUAAGUUUUGUUUUGUAUACAACCAUGUACAACAUUUUAUCAAACCUUCUUGAUAGUUUAUUUAAAGGCAGGGGUAAAUUAUCAGCUUUGGGACAAGUUUUAAACGGAUAUUUUAUCCCAUCUCAUAAUUAUUAUAAAUGUGAUAUUUGUUACUCCUUCCCGUAAAAAUUACUGUACGAAUUUAGUUGAAACUUUGCAUAGAUGUAGUUCUAGACCAGAAAUAACAUGAUAUAGGCUCCUUCUCUCUCAUAAAUCAAUUCCUAUUAGAUGAGAUUGAUAGGUCCACGUUUUUAUAGAAAAAUAUUUACUGCAUACAUACAUUAUAGAGUACAAUAUAUACAUGUAUAACAAUGUGUACAAUGAAAGGGACGGAAAAUUACAGAGAAACACGUUUUUAUUUUAAUUGUUUGUUCAAUAUUGACACGGAAAAUCUUUGUGGGACGGAUGGUAUAAAAUAUGUUCGUUGCCACUGAUUACCAUGGUCCACUAUUAAUUUAUAAUCACAGGGGCUUGUAAUGAAUUUUUCGUAUACAACUUUAAUCUAACCUAGUCAAAAAACGAUAGGAAAAACGGCCGUUUGGUAUACUUUCGCGCGUCUUGUCGACACAAGACAGCUAGUGAAGUCUGCUGUUUUAUUCUAAUAAUUACUACAUGUAAUAAAUUGACGGUCAAAGAAGAACAAAAACCUUCAAUAUUAUUUUCGUGAAGUAGGAAACAAGUUUUAAGAGAGAUUGUAAAGUGUAAAGUGGUUGAUUCUCGUGCUAGUUUAAAAACUUAACGGAAUUAUUAGCAAAUUAAUAGAAAAUUAAGUUAUUGAAUAGGUUUUUAUCGGAGAAAACCUACUGUUAUAUACAAUUAUUUAAAUUCGAUGUAUUUUCUAAAAGGAACACAAUACAGUGAUCUAAUUAGAAAUUUGUUCCUGGGGUGGAGGGUUAGGUGUAUAAUACUGUACAUUUACAAUAAAAACAUUAUUUAGCUUAGAAUGUACUUAAUUUAAUUAGCGGUUUGUAUUGGAAUCUUAAAUUGCGUUUCUUUUUUUUUUAUCAGUUAUGAGAAACAUUUACAUUUUUUAUAACAAAAUAUAAAAUGUUAUUAGUUAAAUAACUAAUUAACUGUCUUUUCUUUUAACUAUAAUUAUAUUUAAUCACAAUAUUCACUAAUCAUAAAUUGUAAAUCAUUUCUGAUAAAUGUUACCAACAUUUAAACUACACAUAAUUAGUAGAUUUAAUAAGUUAAUAAAAUAGAUAUUAGGAAGCUAGAAUAUUUACAGAAAUCACUUACUAGUUACCACUAGUUACUUACUAGUACUUUUAACAGGCCACUGAAAUUUAAAUACAAUUACAAUAUUAUCUAUUUAAUUAUUUAAAAAAAUAUUAUAAUAUUUAUUUUCCUUGUAAUUUUCUAACUAGUUGAGAAAAAACGUAGAGAAUACCGGAAAAAGUACGUUAAUAACGGUUUUAUUAAUUUUGAGUUUUUUUUUUUUUGUUGUAAUACAGUAAAAACGUUUUACCUGCAUUGCAAAAAUAAAGGAUUUUUUACAGUUAUUUUUGAGUGUAAGUAUUUUAUGGAGUUUUUUAUUCCUAUACUUAGCAAUCGUAACAUAAAAUUAGAAAAACACAAUCCAUAUAAGUAAGUCAAUUUUUUUAUUUUUAAAUAUAUUUUUAUUUUUACUUUUUUCGGAACGAAGUGUUGUUAAUUUGUGUUCGUUUGUUCAUAAUCAAUAUUUAUUUUAAUCAAAAUAGACUUCGAGUGUAUUACUAUCUACGAUUUUUUCUACAGCCACUGACUGUAGUCUGUAAUUCACUAAUGGGCAUGUUGUGUGUGUGUGUGUAGGUAGCUUAGUAGUGCCCACCCAUUGAUAACAAGAGGGUUUAUUCGGGAUAGGUUUAGAUGAUGAGGUUCUUUAUAAGCAUUUGAAGUGAUUGGAAAUGCUGCUGUCUCUUUCGUACUUGUUUGUACCUAACCGUAUUUAUCUAAUAUAAUAUAAUGUGUUUUAAACUUAUGUACUCUAUAUUACAAAUAAUAAUAAAUCGCCUAGUGCACCAUGAUAAAUGAUUGCGUUUGGUUAUCAAUAACGGUUAUCAUUAAGAAAUCACGUUUUUAUUUUUUUCACCUAUAAUAUUUUCGUUGAUACUGUGCACUAUGCAAAAUUACCUAUCGUAUUAUUAUAACAGAUUCUUCAUUUUAGUGGCGUUUGCAUGAUUUUUAAAAGGAGAGGGGAUUAAAAAUAUGAUAUAAAAGAGGAAGUGGAGAACCGAUAACCUCUUUGAAGAAAUAUUAUCAUCAUUAUAUGCCAUCUUCUAGAUAUUUUUGGUAAUUCUUGUAAUUUUUGAUUGGAUUUUUUUUCAAUAAAAACCAAAAUCACAAUAAUGGUACAAACAAUAUAUCAUUCAUUAUUCAUUACCAAACCACGAAGACCGUUAUAUUCAAAAUGAUUGUGUCUAAAUUAAAUUAAAUUUGUAAAAUAGUUGACAAAAAAAAAAAUCGAUGUAGAGGGGGGGAUUAAAUCCUCAUAUCCCCUUCCCCAGUGUAUACGACCCGGCUUCGUUCGUAUAGCUGCAGUUGAGUAUAUACUCGUAAUAGUAUAUUGUGGUAAUCUAUUUUAUUUUCCAAUGUUCUAAACUAUCAUAAUACAUAUAUUAUAUAAUAGCGGAAAAUGUAAUAAAUGGGAAUUUAUUACAUCAGACACAACUGUGACAUGUUGUACAGCAUAAAUAUAAUAUAAUUAUAUAGGGUGUUCCACGAAGAUAUAUGCAUUGCUAUGUCUUUUGGGAUGUUGAAGGAGAUCAAAUUCUCUUGUUUAUAUAUAUUUAUAUAUAAUGUUAUGACUCACAGGUAUAAUAUUUACAAAUAUUCACAUAUCAAUUACAUGUUUAUGUUUCGGUAAAAAAUUACCAAGUAACUUUAUUCUGAAGAUUAUUUUUUUUUGUCUUUCGAAAAUGUGUAGCUAUUUACAGAGUCUAUUCUUUUGAAAUUAUGUUUUAACCUUUUAUUUUCAUUAACCUUAUGAUUUUAAUUUUUAAUUUUACUAGAUCAGAGAAAAAUAAUUUAUCAUUUAAUAAUAUCGUAGUGUUUUUAAAAUAUUAUUUAAUCUCUUUUUGCAUUAGGUUUUAAAAUAAUAUCAAAACACUGCAUAUUAUAUUUAAUACACUAUUUUUUCUUUAAACAAAACAAUUUUUAGUAAAAAUCAUGAGAUAAAUGAGAAUAACAAGUUGAAAUUUCAAAAUUUUCAGAAGAACUAACUCUAUUAUAAAUGGUUAUCUUCACAUUUUUCGGAAAUAAUAAAAUAAACAGUUUAAUUUUUAUUAAAAAUGUUUUAUCGAAUUAUAUGAAUUCAAUUGCAACAUGAAUAUUAAUUGUAUUCCACAUCUCUGAGUUAAAAGAAAAAAUCAAAAAAGAAACAAUAAAAUAAUAUUUAUUAUCUCAGGAGAUAUCGCAAUGCAUAUCUUUGUGGAACACUCUGUACAGUUAGCUCAGUGUUAUUUUAUUUGAAAUAACAAGGUAAAUAAUAAAUAUUAUCAAAAUAUAUACUAUAUAUGUAUUCGAAGAGAUAUUAUAUUUCCGAAUGGAUAACACGAUUCUGCAGACAGAACUACAAACUGUCACUCACAGUCGAACCAAUAAUAUGAUAGGUAUUACGCAGUUUCAUUUUUUUUUUUACAUAAAGGUGAUCAACGUCUAUAUGUAAAUUUGUCCAUUAUAAAGCCUUUAAUCUAGUAUACCGCCGAAUAAACCGAUGAACGCAAUCGUCGUGAAAUAUACUAUCGAUAUUAAUGUACACGCGGACAAUCUUAACCUAAUCAUAUUUUUCUUUUAGUUUUUCGAUUUUUUCAUUACAAUAAAAAAAAUUUCGUGAUGCACGAUAUUCUGAUGAUUUCGCAUUUUCAAUGUGCAUGAUUAAAAUAAGAUUGUAGUGGACGAAUGGGGAGGUAUUAACGUCGUUGUGUAAGUACUCAUCGUGGAGUUACUAAGAAUUACAAUGUAUUUUUCUAGGCAAUUUCUAAAGGCUUAGCGAAGACUUCUGGUGCGCCUAGUGUCAUACUAUUUCGCAGAUGAAUGUUUUUUCAAACUAACAAACAAUAGCUAUAAGUAAGUGCCGAUGUAUUGUUCUUGGUUUAAUAAUUUAUAGAAACGUCGCUGUGUUUAAUAUAUAUCUUGAGCCCAAUGUGUGGGUGUAUCGCGUGAUAAUAUUUAUCUGAAUUUUCCAGUGUAAACAAAAUAAUAUAGUGAUACGGUUAAACUUUUGAAACUACAAUAAAGUCAAUGUUUAAUUUCAGAGUCCAAGAGGUUUUAGCGGCGACGACGAGAGUUUUAUUCGAAUCGACUUUGUUGUCUUCUAUAUAUAAUAUUAUCAUGUAUAAUAAUAGCAUGCAUGAUUUAGCGUAGCACUGAUUUGAGCCUAAAUGAUGAUUUUUUUGGUGUUGAAACUAUAUGUAUAGAAACUUCAUAAACGUACGCGUACGUAGGUACAAGUGAAAUGAGAGAGAGUUCUUUGAAAUCAAUCGUUACACGAAAUUUUAGACGGAAUUAGUCGUUACAUGCAUCAUUUUUCGUUUCUCUGUUCAACAAAAAAAUACCACAACCAUUUUAAAUGUCAAUAAUAAUGAAUCGAAUACAUUUCAAUAACUGCAUAUUAUGGACUUCAAAUAAUAAUAAAAUAGGAAAACUUAAUUCAAACAUUUUUUUUCCGUUUUUCCCGAUUUUUCACAGAUAUUAUGAAAAUCAUUUAAAAAAUCAAAAACAAAUCCCCCAAAAUUUUGAAAAUUUUACCACGUCUAGAAAAGGCAAAUGUAAAUUGUCUGUCUGAAUUUCAAGUUCACAGACUCGAUAAGUAUAUUUAAAACUGAAUUCCAACAAAAAUAUUAAAAAUUUUUUAAAAAGCUUAAAAAUAACUCAAAUGUUUUAAUAAUUUUACCACGUCUAGAAAAUUAAAUUUAAGUUUUUUCGUACAAAUUUUAAGCCAUGACAGAUAUUUUUAACUGAAUUACAACAAAUAACAAAAUUGAAAUGUAAUAAAAGCAUUAUUUUCGUAAAUUUCCUGAUUUUUUUUCGUUUUAUGUUGGUUUUUUCCAGAUAUUUCGAAUACCGCUUGGGAAAUUAAACUAUGACCUCAUAAAAAUACCAUCUAAAUACUUAUUUCUUUUCAAAAAUGGUACCGCGCGUAAAUAUCAGAGCAAAAUUUCUGUUAGAAUUUUAGUACACAGUAUAAAAAAAUAAAAAUAAAAUAAUCAUCUUUGUAAAACUAAUACAUUUUUCACUCAGAAUCUAAAAAUCAAAUUUAUAUCUUUAUUACCAUGUUGGAAUUAUAAAAAAAUAAUUUGUCUUACAAUUUUGCAGUAGAAGCAAUCGCUUUCCUCGACUUCUUUGUAAACAUGAUGGUUUUUGACUUAUUAAUAUUAUAUAUUUAAUUUUUUUUACCGUUUUUUUUUCGAAUAAGAUUUUUUUCUACACACCAAUAAUCGAUAGCACCUAAUCAUAUAUUAAAACAUCUAUUUUCAUCUAUCCCUCCUAUUAAAAUAAAUUAUUUCUAUAUUUUAUGUAAAACGACUAAUUUGUACAAUUUUUUUUUUCUUUGUAUUCCUACGUUUAAUUUUUUAUAAUCAGUCACGUUUUACAUUUCGAUUAUGAUAUACCUGAUGACGAAUUUUCAAUUCGAAACCGAACGUAUAAUAAUACUUAUCAUAAUACUCCAGGUGACACAUUUAUUAAUUAAUUAAUUUUAUUUGUAGGUAUACAUUUUUUACUUAUAUAUUUAUUUACUAUGUUUGUUUACUUUAUCUAUUUUCGUCACUGCAGUGGGACGGCGACAAAAUAUUAUUAUAUUUUCACGUUGAGUAUCAUCUGCAGAUUUGCGUUCGAUAUGUUUUAGGAGGGAUUUGUUGUAAAGGUUCAAAGCCCUUUCUCAUCUCUUAACCUUAUGUGAUAGUGUUUUCGAAAUUUUCUAUUGAAAUCUUUUUUCAAUUACGUGUUUUCGUAUUUGUUUUUAGAAACAUUACUUUUUCAUCAAAUUAAUGGAUUGAAUUCGUCUGUUAAAGGUUUUUUUUCCUUGUGCGAAUGUAUUUUUGUGUACUAGGUAAUAAAGAAAUUACAUAUUUUUAUCAAUCACAAUAUCUACAUUAAUUAAUGUAUUAUUUUUCUAUCAGUCUAAGGGUUAAUUUAUUAUAGUGAAUGUAUUUACUGUUUUGGUUAGAAUUAGGUACCUAAAGUUUAAUAAAAUAUGUUCGCGAUUGAAAUAGUUCUUAUUUAAAUGACGCCAAUUUUCUAUUACAUGUUUUGGUAUAAAUACAUAUUUUUAAUUCACCGUAAUUAAUAAAUAUUUUAAUGACUUAUUGUCUCAGUAGAUGAGGACGGCCGUUCAUCGGUUUUCCCAUUUCCGGUGAUUUCUAUUAUGAUUAUUAUUCAAUACUACGCAUGGUUCGAGUAGAUAAUUACGGAAAAUAGAGUUUUUCGGUCGUAAUUCUAUUAAAUUCUUAGCGGAGCAAGGAAUUUAUUGGUUUUACAAUGAUGUUUAUAAUUAUUUUUUUUUUUUAUCUGUGAACAACUUUUUUACCAGCAAUUUUGCUCAGAUUUACAAUGUUAGCACUUUUCCUAAAAGAAAAGCUGACUGGGGAGGUACUUGAAGAAGUUCACUUUUUGAUUUUUUGGAAGAAUCAGAGUAAAACAGGAAAAUGUUUGUUUAAAAUAUUUGUAGAGAUUUUAGUUUGAACAGAAAACUUAUAUUUACUUUUUCUAGACGAGAUAGAGUUUUCAAAUAUUGUAGUAAUUGUUGAGUUAUUUAUAGACAUUUAAAUUUUACUGAUUUGGUUUACGUACAUUUUGGUCGGUAGGUAAUCUGGGAAUAAAAUUGUUAGAACAAUCAGAAGCGCACGAAAAUUUAACAGGAGGUUCAUUAUAAGCCGUAAUUAUUAAAAAAAUAUAUUAUGCAUAUGUAAUUAUUUCACAAUAGUUUAACAUAAAUAUUGUUGACAAAGAAACACUAUUAACCGAAUUCCGCUAAGCAUCGUUUUACGUCAGCAAUGGUUAAUUUUUGUGCAUAGAUAUACAUUAAAUUACCCGUCUACCUUCUCAAUUUCUCACCUACAACAUUGCUCACCCAUUCGUGUGAAGUAUGUUCGUAUUUUUACUUAUGAUUAUUUUUUUGUCAGUGUAGUUUUCGGACUUUGCUGAGAAUAUACGUAAUACGUCAUAGUAUACGACGGAAAUGUUUGCCGUUAAACCUGAAUGAUGGAAUUCGUUACUAAAAUUACUAAAGAAUAAAAAAAAAAAAAGAAAUAAAAAGUAAAAGAGGGAUUUUUUUUUGUAUCGAAAUGUAAAAUUAUUUGAGAGUUUUUUUUUUCUGAAUUUCUAUAUACAUUCAACCGUGCUGCUCGUUCCACGUGUUCCGCCGUGAAAUAAUGUCGGUAGAUUAUUAUUUAGACGAGUAUUUAUUUUUCGAAUCGGGGCUUUAUUAAACAAUAUUUCUUCCUUUUUUCAACCAAUAUUUUAUAAUACCUACCAUUUUAUAUAGAAGCAGAAUGUCGACGAGUUAAAUAGUUCAAAUUAAUUUUAACUAUAUAUUUAGAAUUUGUUCGUCAACUUGAAUAAUUUUUUUUUAUACCAACUUAAAUCAAAUUCUUAUAUUGGAUAUUUCUAAACGUGGUACAAUUUUCGAAACAUUCUGGAUAUUUUUGAGUUAUUUCUAGGCAUUUCAAAUUUUCGAUUUUUUUUUUUUUUAUGUUCUUUGUUAGAUUUUAGAUAUAAGAAUAAAAUUGUUUGAUUAACAAUACGAAAAAUAUUUAAUAUAGUCUUUGGUACUUAAUGGAAUCAACGUAAUACACGAGAUGAUCAAUUUGAUGAGGUACAAUUUACUAAACAAUAAGUAAUAGUUUUACUGAUAAGAAGCAGUUUUAACAUCUGUGAUGCAGUCUGUGACGGAUCUGAAGCUCAUUUGGGAGGGCGAAUUGGUGACGGCACAUUUAUUUUUAUUGGGUUUUUUCUUUUAUUUAUUAUUUAAUUUUACGAUUUUAACACCCACGUUAAUAAUGAUCAUUUUAAAUAAUAUCUAAUAUAAUAUAACAAAAUAGAAUUUUCCUUGAUACUUUUACUGGUUUAGGACAUGUUUUAUCUUUAUUUUUAUCCAGCGAACCCAUUUUGUUCCAUUCCCGUUCUGUUUACAUUUUUUGAAUUGAUAAUCAUUAAAAAUUGUUAAAGGCCUACCUUUUGUUGUCUCGAUUGAUUCUCAUUUAAACUUAAUAUAAUAUUAGUAUAAUAUAAGUACUUUACACACGAAAAAAAUAUAAGUUAUAAUUAAUUCGGUACUCGUUGUAAGCACGUCGUAUCUAUAAAUAUUAGUCACAAAAAUAGAUAAAUAUAACUUGUUUGCAUUGCUGCGUAUAAUAUAAUAAUAUUAUAAUCGUAUCGAUAACGUCACAUUAUUAGUGGAAAAACCUUUUUGUGCAAAAACUAUUUAUUAUUUUUUUUUUUUCAAUAAAUUUCGAUUUCAUUAUCAUACGGCCGAUGGUCUUGAAAACGCAUUGCCAUCAUACCUAAUGUAAACUUCAAUGAUUAUUUUCAUUUUUCGUAACAUUAAAUCUGAAUCUUAAUAAAGUUGAAGUUAAUAAAUAUAUCGUUUCAUAGUAUUGGUAGCAAUUUUGUUCAACCUUAUAAUGAUAGCAAUUUUUCCGAGAGGAAAUCUGCUUAGAAAGUAGUUUACGGACGCCAUGUUUUGAUUUUCCCAGGAGUUUUUUUUAACAAAUAGAAAAUACCGGGAAAAAAACGAAGCAAAUCGGGUAAAACGUAGGGAAAUCUGUACAAUACUAUACAAAUAUUAUUAAAGAAAAUGUAUAACGCCUAUUUGAUUAUUUUAUCAUACUAUGACUUAUGUAUAAUAUAUAUAUAUAUUAUAUUGUUGAGAAUAUACUAUUAACUGAAAUCCGCUCAGAAUCAUUUUUAUGUUAGCAAUGGUUUUUCGUUUUUUACAGAUAUACAUAAAAUUCACUUCUGUAUCUUACUUUCCCAACUUCCCACCUACAUUAGUAGUUGCAUCCAUCCCCAUUAUCCUAAGACAUCUUUUUAUUAAUAUUUUUUUGGAAAACUUAUUUUUAAUAAAUAUGUUUCCCCACUUAUGCAGAAUCGGUUACAAUAACAUUAUACUCGUAUGCGUUACGCUAUACCAUCGAAUUUUUUUUUGAAAAUGCUUUUCGUCGUAAACCGGACGAUUACUGGAGCAGUUUUUUUACGGUAUCAUACCCCAUAUAAUAAUAUGCAUAAAAUAUUUUGAUAAAUUACUGUUAAAAUUAAAAAAAUAUUUUAUAAUUUUAUUUGAAAAAAAAAAAAAAUAUGCCCGUGGAAUGUACUCAUAAGAAUGCCAUAUGGUGACUUUACGGAAUAAAGUAAUAAGACACUACAUAACACAAACGGUAAUAUUAUAAUUUUACGAACUUAUAUAUUUUAGUAGGACAAAAAAAAAAAAAAAAAAAAAAAACAAAAACGAACGAAUUGAAAUAAGUAUAAUACAGCUUAAAAUAUUAAGCUUUAAUAUCUGACCGUAAAAACUUUUUGUUUAAAACGGCCCGAGAAACGUUUCCCCGCGGAACCGAGUUUGAAAUGAAUUUAUAUAUAUAUACGUAAAUACGUAUUAAUAUAUACGUAUAUACGUAUUUUUAAUGGUUAAUAAUUAUAUUCUAAAACUAUUCGAAUAAGACUUUUAUUAUAUAUGUAACACAAAUUGCUCCAGUUCACGAAUUAAGAAAAUAUAUCUUUGUAUUGGCUAAUCGCAUUGGACUUGUCGAUAACAAUGCUAUAUCAUCUUAUAUUUUCAUCUUUCAUUUUUUAUUGUCUGUCAAUAUUAUACAGUUUAAUGAUAAAUUUCAUUUGGACGCUACAUUUACCCGUAGUCUGGCUGUUAGUAGGUCGAUUCGUAGACGCAACUAGAACUGGUGGGCUCAAUUUGUACGGUAACAGUGACCCAUCUUCCACGUAACUCUUAUGAACACGAUCGUUAUAAUAUUAUUGGAGAUUUUUUAUUAUAAAAAAAACCUAGGGAAACACCAGUAGCAGAUUUUCAACAUUUUUCUGGGAGGGAUCCUGAAAAAAUAAUACGUAUUUAAAUGCCUCUUUUUUCAACGAGAUUUUAUUGAAAUUAUAUCAGUGUCUAUGAUUAUAUCCAGACCCCCCUGGACUCCCUCCCCCUUCAUAAAUCCGCCACUGGGAUACACUAUCGUUCUCGAUAAGAAUAUUUAUCUACAAUUCCCUCGAUAUUAAUCGUGUACAUUGUAUCUUUUUCUUUAGUUAAAAGAUAUAAAUAAUUUGUCCCACUGAUUAACCACAUCUAGUUUUUUAUGCGUCUCUUGGAAGAAAACGAACAACCGCAGAUAAUUAGCUUAGAUUAUAAAUGCAAUCUAAAUACUCAUAGUAAAUAUCAAUAGUAGUUAUGUUAAUAAAAAUAUCACAUACUCUACGAAUACGUGUCCUGUGGAUGAUGGAGUCAAAAUUACCAGUGUAAACAAAAAUUCGUUGAGUCAAGUUCAAGUUAGAGAUUAUGACAAUUUACACUUACAGGAAGUUAGAAAUGUUUCUAUUGUGUGAGAUACACCAACUUCAUUGAUAGGAUUUUUUAUGAUCGUUAAUAAGUUGCUCCUCGGAAGAUGUAAAUGUAUUUAACUUAUUUGUCUUAUUACGAUUUUUCGAAAUUAAAAAUAUUAAAAAGUUAUUAACUAAAAAGAAAUGUCCUGGUCUCGAAUUCACGUGCAAAUAUGAUAAAUUUGUUGUAAACACGUACAACAAAGUUGUAAGUACAUAAUUUACAUUUAUCGCGUAGGCCAUUGCUUCGGACGACCCACGGAGUAUUGCAAAUAGGCCAUUUAUUAAAUUCCGAGCGGAGAAAAGAAGUCGUAACAACUUAACAACGCCAUGUAUAGUUUUUUUUUCUUUUAGGAAUUUAUACCUUUGGCAAUAGUAGAAACGUUCGAAAAGUUGAUUCUCGAACGCUUCUAUAAAGGUACAAAUAAUUGAACAUGAUAUUUUGAUCGAUAUUCUCGAUAGUUUUACUAAAAAAAAAAAAAUAUUUGUAAUAACAAUUGAUAACAGGAAAAUUCAACCGUUUUGAAUCUGAUACAAAUGAUUUGCUGUUAUUUUUGUAACACUUGGGAAAAAAUAAAAGGACGGACAUAAUUUGCACGUGGGUGUAACCACUGUUAUAAAUGAAAAGUUGGGAAGGUAGGAUACAUACAAAAAUUGAAUGUACAUUUGUAAGUAGCGAUAAACCAUUGCUAACGAAAAAACGAUUCUGAGCGGAGUUCAGUUGAUAGCGUUGCUAUGUCAACAAUACAAUAUAUAAUGUCAUAUUAUAGUAAAAUGAUUAAAAUAAUGUGCGUUACCAUGACAACAAUGAUUGUUUUAAAAAUAUUAAAAUAAUAAAAACUUAAUGAUCUUUAAAUUUUUUUUAACAUAAAGAACCAAGUUUUCCUCAUUAUCUCGAAUAUGAAUGAUAAUUUAAAAAAAUGACCUCUUUAAAGUACCACCUAGAGAACAUUUUAUUUCGGAAAAAGUGCUAUACUUGAUAAUCGGAGUUAGCCUUCUGGUAGAAAAGAGUUCACAUAAAAAAAAAAAAAAAAACCGUCUUAGUAAAAUCAAUACAUUAUUCGCUAAACUCAGAAACUGAAAAAUACGUAACAAUAAUCCAAAACCCUAAGUAGUGUAACCUUUAAGUUAAGUAAGUAUAUAUAUGAUGGAUUUAUAUUAUUGUCAAUUUCUCGCGAGUAAACUGUUUUGUUAAUUUACGUGGAAAAUUGUUCGGAUUUUCACUCCAGAAAAUUCGGAAAUUUACUUUAUAAAAUGAUGUAUAUCAAAUUAAAUAAAUCUGACUAAGAAAGUAUACUUACUUUACUCUGUCACAAUUAGUUACUGGAUAUGGUAUAUUAGCAUGAGGUGGAUUAGCACAAUCCUACGUUAAAUACAUACAGAUAGCGCAGAAUAUCUCACUCAAAAUUAUUCUUCAAAAACCUUGACUCUGUCUCUGUUAAACACCGAAAUAUAAUAUUAUGAUAGAUAUUUGAUAAUGAGUUUAAGAAUUUAUGAAAAACUACCAACUUAUAUAAAAAAUUACAAUAAAUUGCUUGUAAAGAGAUGAUUAUUGGUCAAUAAUCUAAUUCUGUGAAAUCAUUACCGUCGUUAAUAUAUAAAUUAGCUUUAUUUUCUAAUUAUUACUAUUAUUAUUAUUAUUAUCAUCACUAUUUAAUUUUUUUGUUUUUUUCGUUUAUAUAGAAACUGUCGCCUAUCAAAACAAGAAUUUCAUCCUUAGUGAUAGACGAUGCAGUAAAAUUUGUAAAUAUUUGUAACUAUGUAAAAUUGUAAAACACAAUACUACUAAAUAAAUGAAUAUUGUUAUUUAAAAAGUAAUACCUGUAUUAUGCAGUUCCCUACCUAUGAAACAUACCAAUUAUGUAAGUAUUGGUUUCAUGUAUUUCUUCAAUAGGUAAGUAAUUUUUUAUAUAUUCUUUAAAACAAUACUGAUAAAGUUAAAACGGUAAUCAAAAUGUAACGUAGGGGUGAUUAAAGGAGGGUUGGAGGUAUAGGGUAUUUACCCCGCUGCUUUUAGCAAAUUACAAUCAUACAAUCAAAGUAGCUAUUUUGAUACUACUGAUGAUAUUGUUGUAGGUGGUAGAUUGGAAAGUAGGACACAUAAAAUUAUUUAAUUUGUAACUAUACGCAACGAUAAUUAAAAAUAAUAAAUCACUUCUGACGAAAUAAGAUUCUGAGCGAAGUUCGAUAAAACAAGUUUCAGAUUUCAAAUGCCAUAAUACUUACAACUUUCAUCAAAAUUCAAACUUAAAACACUCAUACAAUGAAAACUAUUUCAAUAUGCUUAACUUAGUUUAUAAAGAACCUUAUGUUGAAUUUUCGUGCAUGUCUGCUUGACCAAACAAUUGUAUCCGCGUGAAACCAAAUAAGUACAAAAAAACUCGAACACGUCAAAUAUUUCAAUAUCUAUAAAUAACUAAAAAAAAAUCCCAGAAUGUUUUGAAUAUUUUUAUUAUGUAUAAAAACAAAUAAGUAAUCUAUGAAAGUUACAGGUCUCACAAGAAAGUUGGUCACAAACACACAUCAUAAUUAAUCCAAUACGUUGGUUUAUAGUUACGUUCAAAAUCUAAAAAAUAAAAUGUAUAUGUAUUAUAUGAAAUACUACUAUAAAACAUAACGUGACCGCCAACCAGGGACUGGUACCUUCUGAUUUUCACGGUUUCGUUACUUAAUUAUUUUAUGAAAAGGUUCUGGUUCUGGUUCCGGUUUUGGAAAAUUAAUUUAAGAGUUAAAGUUAGGGUUCUAGCUAAAACCAGUAUUAGACGAUUUUAAAAAUGUAUAUGUUUUUAUUUACUUUUUAGUAUCUUUAGAUUAAAUGUUUUAUAUAGGGUACAUUAAUUAUUAAAAUAGUAGUAAUCAAAUUACUGAUUACUUGAUGAAACUUAUGAUUCCACAAGAAAUAGACUGCUAUAAAUAAAAAUGAAAAAUAUUUAUUGAAGCAGUCGUAUUUUAAUCUGUGAUAUAAGCAUUAUAGCCGAUAAAUUGAUCACAAACUACGGAGGAAAAAAUAAAAUAAUUUAUCAUUGUAAAACCCGUUAUUUUAAUUUCAAAAAUAUGAGUUCCAGUUCCGGUUGAAAAUAUUUAAAUUCGGUUCCAGUUAGGUUCCAGUUCCAAAUAUUUUAAGGGUUUAUGGGUUCCAGAACCGGUCUUUUCGUCCUUGCCGUCAACACACAAUUACAACAAUUUUUACCAUACGCACUUCCCUCCUAUGAAAUUAAACUAUAUCUGGUAUUAGAUAUGUAUAUAUAAAUAUUUGUAUUACUUCCUUUCUCUCAUCGAAUAGUUCCCAUAUCCGUCGCUGGCGAAGAGAUAUAAUUAGUUGCGAUAUAUUACUUAUAUUUUGUCAGCAUAACUCAAACAUCAUUAUUGUGUAAAAAUUUAAUAUCGCUUUGAUGUUAUAUGAUAAUAUUAUUCUAGAUAGACAGGAUGAUUUUUUAUAAGCAUGCAAACUAAACUAAAUCUGAAACUUUUCGUUAAUCUUUAUAUAAUAAAACCAAUGUAAAUUAUACGUCAACAUUUUUAAAAAAGUUCAGAAUUUUCAGAAUUUAAAAUUCGCAUUAAAACAUUAUAUGUUUUCCCAUUUUAAAAACCAAAGUUGGUAUCGCCAAUAGUUUCUUAAAUUUUAUGAAAAAUCGUAAAAUCCCCAAAAAUCUGAAUUUAAAUCUAUACAUAAUUUAACCAUAAAAAUGGAUUGGUAUGCAUAGAAAUCACCUUGCACAAUAAUAAAGUGUUUAUAAAGUGCCGAUGAACAUAAUUUGAUAUUCCUAAUGCAAAACGUAUAACAACAAUAUAACAUUAUUAAAAUAUUAAUCUAAAUGUUGAGAUAGUCGGGUAACAUUUUGUGAAUAUUCAAACGUAAUUGUCACAAAUCGUGUAUGAUUUGCACAUCGCCUAUUUAAUAGUUACGUUUGCUAUUCGAACUUGAAUUCGAAUUUAUUGCAGGAUUCUUUUCGCGAAUUUUUUUUUAAUUUCGGUAAAAUAUCUACGUACCCAUUCCGUCAUUCGUGUACGUAAAUAAUAAUUUACUCGGCGGUUAUACCCGGAUUUUAGUAUUAUCGAAAUAUGCGUAAGUGCAAUAUGUAUAGUUUAUAUAUUUUUAAGUAUCCAAAAAUCUGGUUAGUCGCCAAAAAUUAUUAAAAACAUAUACAGCGACCUACUUACUUAUUAUUCUCAGCUGAAUUCACGGGUUUUUUUUUUCUUGAGCUAAGUCGGUGGCCAUACGGCCGCGAACAAGGCCGAAUCGGCGGUCACUCUACCACUCCCCUCCCCCUCCCCGUAUAUUUUAUAAUAAUAUUAUUAUAUACUUCGCUUUCGGAUGCAAAGGUUGCCUUGGUAUAUUGUACACGGCGAUGUUAAAAGAUGACACACAUAAAACCACAGUCGACGUUCGUAAACACCGGUCGAUUUUAUUACUACUUAGCGCAGAAAGAUACAUACACACCCGCGCAUUCUAUUUAAGUGUAUUUCAUUUCCAACAAUUGAAAUAAUUUACUGUCAUAAUUUUUGGAAAUUUGAUUGUUAUAUUUACAUAUUUUUAAUAAAAUUCCUGUUUGUUUUUUUUGUUUUUUUUUAAUAAAAUACCGUUAUUAUAAUAUAUAUAGCGAUGAACUAGGUACUAUUUGCAUUUUUUCGAAUAUCGAUAAGUUAUGUAUAACUUAGUAAAAAAAAAAACGGAUUUUGCUUAUACUUUAUCCGAAAAUAUCGGUUUUUUUUGUUUUUUAUUAUCAUUAUUUUAAUUUAAAACUACAAAAUCGUAUAAAUUGAUAAAAAUUAUUUUCAACUUUUGUACCGAGUUUUUAAAGUUGUAACGUUAUAUAAUAAUAACUAUUUAGUGUUAAUAACCCGGUAAAGCUCAAGCUGUUUUCACGUUAAAUAAAUACUAAAAAUCAUUUUAAAAACUUAAAAUAACCAUCGAUUAUGUUGACAUAUAAUUGACUAAUUUUAAAGUUGAACCUUUAAUGGAGAAAAAACUUUAUAGCCCACAAUAAUUAGGCGAUUUAGUUAACGUAAACAUUUUUUGUUCAAAAUUUUGUAGAAUGUUGACUUUUUAAAAAACAUUAUUAUUUUCAUAAUACAAGAAACAAACAGUUUUAUAUAUUACUAUAAUUUUCUGUCAUCCUUAUUUUAGAUUUUGAGUGGAGCGAAGAAGCUUAUGGUUUUAAAAAAUGUUUAUUUUUUUUUUCUGUGGACAACUUUUCUAUAAGAAGACUUGCUCCGAUUUUUACGUGUAUCAUUUUUUCUGAAAGGAAUUCGAUAUGGAGACCUUAAAGAGGUAAUUUUUCGAUUUUCUCAAGAGUUUUUUAUUAAAUGCGAAAAACCGAAAAAAAAAACGGGAAAAUUUACGAAAUAUAUUUGUAUAAUAUUACAAUUUUUUUUUCUGUAGACAAAUUUUCUACUGGCAGUUUUGCUCCAACUUUUAAAAAUAGCAAUUUUUUUAAAAGGAAAUUUCUCUGGGGAGGUACUUUAAAAAGUUUGUUUUUUGAUUCUCUCCGAAAUUUUCUCAGCAAAUGUGAAAAACUGGGAAAAAACAUAGGAAAACCGGGAAAAUCGGUACACCAUGAAAAAAAUAUUAUCAAAGAAAAUAUAUAAAGUCCAUUUUAUUAUUUUACUACAAUAUGGUAUAUAUAUUGUUGAUAAAGCAUUACAAUCAACUGAACUCUGUUAAGAAUCGCUUUUUCGUUAGCAAUGUCUUAUCGUUGCUCACAUGUAUACAUUAAAUUACCUAUAACAGUGACUGCACCCGUCUUCAUUAUCCUAGGACGUCUUUUUGAGAGUGAAAUCACUAUGUACUUUUCAUUUUUAAAUUGCAAUUUAAAUUAACAGUUUCACAAAAGGAUGUAUAGAAAAAAUUUAAAUGAAUUUUGGUGUCGAAAUGUUUGAUUUUCGUUUACCCGUUGGUAAGUUUAAGUUAGGCUAGUCUAAGUUUUCACUUUAAAGUUUAGGUAGGGAUAGAGUAGUGUGCAUUUUGUGUUCAACGUUCGUACUAUGUAUUCGAUAUUUAAAUUUAUAACGAACAUGUGUAACAUCACAGUUUAAUAGGGCCUAAGAAGAGCUCGAAAAUAAAAUUAUUGAACAAAUAUAGUCGAUGUUGUAUAGAACAUGAUUUUUUCUUUAAAUCCGGAAAUUGGUCAAUUCACUGUCACAUUGAAACUAACCGCACACAUUUACGUCUCUAAUUUGCCAUAUCGUACGUUCGUAAGACAGAGAUAUGUCACCUUGUAUGGUGUCCUUUUAAAACGGAACGAUUUCUUUAAAAAUUAUAUUUAUGAAUCAUUUAAACACUGGAAUAUUCGAAUAAACAAUAUGGCGAUUAUAGUGUGUACCAGGAAAGGAAAUGAAAGAGAGUGGUUUAAGUUAAUAUAUUUCUGUUAAUAUAGCUAUACAUCACGGUGUCGACCAUCGUACGGUUACAUAAAAACGUCUCGUAAAAAUUAUCGCUAUAGUUAUAAGUUAUCGUAAGUUGUCGGGGAUAAUAAAAAAAUAUAUAUUAUAAAUAUGUUAACGGCCGGUGUUUUGUAUUUUAGAUUCGAAACGUAGGGAGUCAUUUUUUGAUUUUCCAAGGGAUUUUCAUAAUAAAUAGGAAAAAAGCGUAGGUACACCAUUUUAUUAAUAAAAUGGAAAAUAUUUACGGUGUUACUUAUUUCAUUGAUUUAAUUUUUAAAAACAAAGUUGUCUAUAAAAAAUUGUUAAGCUAAUACAAAAAUGGCAAGGGACCUUUAUUUUUUCAUUUUUAAUCUAAUCAGUGAAUAAGAAAGUCGUUUUUUGUUUUUCCAGGUUUUUUUUUCAAUAAUUCCGAAUAUAAUACUCUUAUUAAUUUUAAUUUUGUUUAUUUGUUGUAAUUUAACUAAAAAUAUUCGUAGAAAAUUGAAAUUUUGACAGAAAACUUAUGUUUACUUUUUCUAGAUGAGGUAAAAUUUUCAAAACAUUAGGCGAUUUUUUAACUAUUUGUAUGCAACUUACGUUUUUAUGGUUUUACGAAGUAUUUAUUUGGUAUUAGUAGGUACUAUGUGGAUAUAAUUGUUUCAUCGAACAUUAAUGCUUGAAAAUGUAACAGGUUAUUCAUUAUUAUAAGUUUGCUUAGUGAAAAAAAAAAAGUUGAGUGUAAUGAAGUAUUUUUUUUUUUUUUAUAUAUAUACGAGUUUUAUUAUCAAAUUUUGUUGAAAACCGUGAGUAUUAAAAACUUGUAUAACCGAACUUCACGCCAAAUCGUUUUUCAGAUAUAAAUUAAAUAACUUUAUGUAACCUUCCUAACCAUCUACCCACAAAAAUGGAACACCUGUCUCCAGGAUCAGCUCUUUUUUUUUUAACAAUCGGUUUUUUGAAGGCAACGUUAAGUGCAGUAAUUUCAAUUGCAGACUACCACUCAUUUUACUCGUAUAGUAUUAUGAUGUAUUACGAUAAUAGCUGUAUUAUGCAUGAUCAAAUUAAAAUUGGAUAUUCGACUAGAGUACAAAAUAAAAUGAUUUAGAAACCCAUGUGAAAUUAAUUUUACCUUGUACUCGUGCAUUUGUCUUUUUUAGCGAUCGACAAAUCGUACUGUCAGUACAAAAGGGCCAUAAAUCAAAAAUUGUAAACUGUUCAGGAGUGCAUUUUAUAACUAAAUGAUGUGCUCAUGCACUGACAGUGCAAAUUAAUGUAUGUUCAGUUAAGAUUUUGUAUGUUUAUGUCUUAAUUUAAAAAUGUUUCUAUGCAAAAAGACCACAUUUCAUUAUGUGAUCAAAUUGUUAAGAGGAUGUUAUACCCGCAGGCGAUGCAACCGUAUUACAGACGCAUGAUGGCAAAUUAAGUUUCGUUCACCAGUGAUCAUAAAUAUUGAACUGUUAGUUUUAAUAUUAAAGUGGAUCGACCCAAAUUAGAAGUUAUAGAUCAAACAUUAUCUGUACAACUAAGUGAUUUUUUUUUUUGAUAUUGAAGUUAUGUUCGAAGUGAGAUAUAAGUAUGUAAAAUAUCAUAAUUUAAAAAUUGAUGGCUUAUUUUAAUGGGAAAAAAUGCUCUUUAAUAAAAUAAUACACAGGGUCUUUUCGUUGUUCCUGAAGAAUAAUUUCAAAGGGUGUAGUAAUCCGGUCAUCUAUCCUCCAAGGUCUUCGAUAUUUGACUAUAUAUAAGAUAUACGAACAGUCGAAACGAUUAAUUUAAUAUUAUUAAUUACAAGCGAAACAACACUAUUAAUCUUGUUAUUAUGUAUACCGGAGCCUGCAGGGCUUCCUGCCAAGACACGACAAAAUUCUGUCUCGUUUAGGUAUUAAACCACGAAAGCGAUGACUGACGGGGACAUAAUACUUUAUCUCUAAUAUAUAAAUCGUUAUUUUAACCGUUAGUCGAUUUAAGAAUACGGCCCUCGUUGUAGUAAUUUUUUUAUUCAGCAUUAAUGACAAACAUGGUGUUUAAAUCAAACAAAACUUUAAUUCAAUGUAACCAUAAACCAUAAAAAAAAAAGGUUAUUCGUUUUAAAAAUUGACGUUAAUAAUAUUUAAUGUAUAGGUAUAGGUAACACAUUUAUAUGUAUUAAAUUUACUUACCUAAUUUUAUAUUUUUCUUUUACUGACAUACCUAAUAGUUUUACCUCAUAACUACAUUUUUUCUCUAUCUUGGACUACUUAUAUCCAAUUUUGAACUCCCGAAAAUUAUUAAAUUCUUUUCUAUUAUAUCGCUUUGUUGGUGUCUCUGUCAAGGUUUACUCGUUCGAGGGUUCCAUUCCGUAUUAAAUCGUGAAAGUUUUGUUUUCUUCUCUCUUCGUUACGUGACCUAAUAUAAUUUUGUAUCCUUUAACAAACCUUGUCACUGGCGCUAGUAACUAGUUACGCCAUUAUACUACAAGGGGCGUCCGGCUCUUUGUUAAACUUUAUUUCAUCGACGAUUUUCUGAGAAUGGCUUAUUCUCGGAUAAUCUCAAUUUUCCCAAUUGUUGUUUUCCAAAUCUCACAACCAUUUGAGAAAAUUAGUCAUAUAAUAAUUACUCAUGCGUAUAAUCUUACUUUGCGAUUCUAAAUAUCAUUUUGGCCUUUUUAUAUAAGUUCUGUAGCAUUGAUUUAUAUUUUUUUUCUACGACAAAACGGUGGUUAUAAGACCAAAUUAAUCAGUUAUAUUUUAUGCUCGGACGAUUGAAUCAUGCGUAUAUCCGUGGCAAUGGACAAUAGCGUUGUUGGUAGACAUGCCAAAAACGUUGACAGCAUUUUAUUAUAUUUACGCGAGUAUACGUUCGUGCACAGGCUCUUUGGUCAGAGUUCUAUAUUUUUUUCCUUUUUUUUCCCAAUGUUUUUGUUCGAAUCAUCGUGCUAAAAAUAGUACAACAAUAUAAUAUUUACCUAUCUGGUUAUAAUAAAUACCUAACUAUUUAGUUUACAAACAUGGAAAAUAAUAUUUUAAAAACAUUUAUUGUGAUAGCCUCAAUAUAAUAAUAAUACAUAAAAAGUGUAAAUAUAUUUUUUUAACUUUUUUUUUUAUUACGUACCUAUGUGAUAAAAUAAGAAAAGUUUAUGAACUGAAAAACUAUUAGAAACUUUUAGACGUAGGUAUAUAAUACGAAUAGUUAUUUAAAUAAACCUAAUAUGUAGGUAAGUAUUUUUUUUAUAGACAUUAGGAAUUUAUUUUAUUGAAUAUUAUUGUACUAAAACAACUAUAACUAAACUAAUAUAAAUAAUAUACAGCGAGUACAUUUUGGUAAAAUAAGUGAAAAAGCCGUAAAAAAAAUUAUGACUUUUUUGCACGCAAACACCUGUAAAUAAUUACUUAGCACAAAUAUCAAAAUCAGAAUAUCUUGACGGAAAACUAACUGAAAAUACUAUUUUAAAUUUCCAUUGAAUUGAUCACCUUAGAUUUUAACCUUAGAAUAUGACGGUUUUACCAGUAAAAAAUAUUAUAUUUAUGAAGGUAAGACUAUCAAAAAUGGCUAAAACUAAUUUGCGUAUAAUUUACGAACAAUAGAAACCUUUUUUCAAAUAAAUUUAACCACGAAUAGUAUGUAUGUAAUCUACGUGCCUACAUCCAAAUUAAAAAAAAUGUUUAAUAUGCAUGUAUCUAUGCACUAAGAACAAGCAAAAUAUACUUUAAAAUAUGCACUGAAAAAUAAAAAAAAACUUGCAAAUACAUUAAAUUCUAUUUUUUAACUGCUAUACUCUCGACAUUUCAAAUUAUUCAAUAUUAAACAACGUUUUUCUCUCAGUGUUAAAGAAAUAGCAUACAUUGUUAUUAUGCUCCGAUCAGAGACUAAACUAAAAUGUAUAAGAGAUUUUUUAUAACUUAAACUAUAACACUUAUCAAUUAUCAGCGAAAAAUUUAACAAAAAUAGCGUUGGAUUAGAAAUAUUGCAAUAAAGAUUAAAGCUUAUCGCGAUUAUAACUUAUUACUGAUAAAUAACAGCUGAUGGGUGAUGGGAACCUACGAUUAAAAAUAAUUGUUAUACCUUAAGGUACCCUGUACAGUGUACAUCCAAAACUGUACCUACAAGCUGGUUUCCAAAAUUCAUAAUUUUGUGCGCAAACUAGUUGUCAUAAAUUUAACUAAUAUUUAUAUUAAUAUAUACACAAACGAGUCUCUACCCAAAAAAUGACUCAACAUAAAAAUACAUUUAUCUCAUAUUGGCUUCGGGGACACUUAUGGAAUUUUUCCUUAUGGUGGCAAUGUAGUAUUCUGAAUGCUGUAUUAAGAAUAAUAUAUUUUUAAUUACAUAAAAUAUUUUUUUCUUAAUUAUUCAGUAAAUACUGUAUUACGAAUAUUAUUUAAAAUUUUAGUAAUUCUCGUUAUAGAUUGUUUAUUGUUUUACAUAUAAGAAGCAUUCUUUUUUUAUCAGUUAGUAAAAAUCGUACAAUUUUUUCAGAUCUAGCUCUAAAAAAAUUCGUUAUUUCAAUCCGGUGGUAUUUGAUUAAAAAUAUUUUUCAAAAUUUCCAACAAUUCACCUCCUUUCGGUAUUCUCAUGUUAUUGUUGUUUUUUUUAUUUCUCAGAAAAAAAUUGUUCUCAUUAAAUUACUUCUUACAAAAGAGCAGUGCUGGGGAUAGAUAAUACAAAAUUUAUCUGGAUAAAAGAUAAUAUGCACGAAUUUAUCUAAAAAAAGAUAAUAGAUAAACCAAUUUAAAAUAUCUAGAUUAAAAUAAAAGAUAUUUACAUUUUUAGUCAGAUAAAAAAUAGACAUUUUAAAAAAUGUUGUUUGCUUAUAUUUCAAAUUAGCUGAUGUUUUAUUUUAUUUUGUGGAUAAUGAAUUAGUCGAAAUACCCAAGGUAGUUGCCAAAAAACGUUUCAUAUUAAAAUUAUGAUUAUUUGAUUAUAAUAUAUUAUAUAGGUAAUUUAAAUAAUUAAUUUUUAAAAAAGACAUACUAGAAUAAUAGGAACGAGUGUAAACACUGUUAUAGGUAUUUUAAUGUACAUUUGUUAGCAACCAUUGUUAACGAAAAAAACGAUUCUGAUCUGAGUUCAGUUGAUAGUGAUGCUUUGUCAACAAUUUUUUUUUUCUAGGUUUUUCUGGUCAUUGAGACCAUACUGCCAAACAAAUUCCUCUCCAUCCAUCUCUUUCCUCUGCUGCUACCCUCCACGGUAUGUAUGGUUGAAUCUUUUCCACGUUCGCUUUCACGCAGUGAAAGGCCUUUUUGCCCUGUCACCUAAAUAAAAAGUCAUUCCACAUUUUAUCGUUCCAUAUGGUGCUAUUUCAAAUAACGCUGUGUGUUCAUGUUUAAUACCAUAAAAAACGAUUAGACUAGUUUGUACAAUAACAAUAUUGCCAACAAAUAUUGAAAAUUAAAAUUAAAUCUUAACGUUAGGCGUUAGGGGUUUUUUGUAAAAGCGUUUACUUUUAAAAAAAAUGUAAUACAAAUUGCCUAUGCAUAGCCCCUUAAUAUAUUGUAUUUAUGAAAUGGUAUAUUUAUGGCCUACGCUUAUCCCUUAAACGGGUGUAAUAUAAUAAUAUAUAGUCCAGAUCUGUAAAGUCUAGAUUUGUACAAUCGAAUUUUGUACCGUCCAGAUUUGUAUCGUUUAGAUUAAUACGAUUCACUUUAAUACCGUUCAGAUUUGUACUGUCCAGGUUUUUAAAGAUUUCAAAAUUCUAUUUUCCAAAAUUUUACGCUCCAGAUUUACAGAUUCCAGAUUUCCAAUUUCCACAUUUUUAUAGGAACUCGUUUCAUAUAAGAUGAAAAAAUAUAAUGGUUUUCAGCUUUUUAAAUAAAUAGUGGGAUCCGUGUUCUAAUAAAAUAUUUUUGAAGGAAGAAAUCGGUAGGUUAGGUUAUAGUUCUAGUACAUGAAUCAUCAUUUUUUUUGUGUUUAUCACGAAGAAUUAUUUUUCAACUGAUUUUUACGAGCUCAUAUACGGAUGUAGCCAUGUAUAAAUAUUGAACUAAAUGAUAUUUUUUUGUUUACGAACCGGAAAAAAAAAGCUUAUAUAAACUUUUUAGAUACUCGCAUUGAAUAUAAACGAAAUUGGACGUUUAAACGUAAUUAAUUAGACCCGUAAUAAUAAUCGAGAAGGGAUAAUAUCCCUCGAAUAAAAUGGUCCAAAAAAAAUAAAACAUACUCCUUCAAUAUAUAUUUCUAUACUGUCAAUAGCAGACAACGUGCGCAAAUAUUUUGUCCUUAAUUUUGUCAUAAACUCACAAAAUCAAAUGCUAAAUUAUCUAUUUAAAGUCCUCAUUCUCUAAGUAUAGAUGUUGAGUUUAAAAACAAUGAAUCUAUUAAUUUUCAAAACAUUUGAUUUUUCUCUUUUUGUUCAGUAAAAAUGCUUUAAUUUUAUUACUUAAUAUAGAUAAAAACGUGGAUUCUUCACCUAAUGUAAUUAAACUGAUGAUACAUAUUUUGAAAUAUUUUUCGAAAUUUGCAAUACUUUUUCCAACAGACAAAUCAAUUUUCCAAUAUUUUCACGCAGUACUUAAAAUGAUGCAUAAAUUGCUGACAGAUGGUACAUGUGGAGCAUAUAGCUAUAUUCUUAGUAGUUUGUCUCCAGGCCUUUUUUUUUAAAUAUUGUCUGAUUUUAUUUUUUGAGUUUUUGUGUUACUAGGGCAACAAGGAAAAAACGAAUAAUUAUUAUUUACUAUUCCGUUCAAAACUGUUUUUUUUUUUGUUUUAAAUUAUUUAUCGUUGCAUAUAGUACACUAAUUUAAUCUCCCUGUAUAUCCUACAAUUCCAACUACACUACAUCUGAAAUAUUGGCCUAUCCGAAUAAAACUCUAUGCGUCGGAACUUGUUUUUCCGCUGUACAAAAAAAAAAUAUUUACAACAGUUUCUAAAAACGUUUAUUUUCUUCAACUGAAAACAUAUCAGUAUUGAAGAAAUUAUUUUCUGUAGCUCGACUCGUAUCCCCAAAUUAUUUUAGAGUAAAAUCCCCAUAAUACGCGAUAUUAUGCAAUAAUUAAAUAUAUUAUGUAAAUUCACAGUGAAAUAAUAUAAUAUAUACAAGAAACACGAUUUCCGUAUUUUUUUAGUUUUUUUAUUUACAACGGUCAAUAUUUAACAAUACGAAUAAAAUAUUUUAUACAUUAUUACAUGACCGUAUUAUAAUAAUGAAUUUCCGCAUAAAUUAUGGUAUACGGAAUAAAUCCAAUAUCGAAAACCGAAGUUUCAUUUUGGGAAAUAUACAAUGAAUGUUUUCUUUUAUGUGCAUAUUAUAUUCACUCCAGCCAUACUGAUAUUUUUCGGAUACGCAUACACUGUACGUAUUAUUACGGACAUAUUUUAAUCAGAAACUGCCUAGUGAACCGCAAAAAGUACUAUUCGAAUAAUAAAUUGCAUAGGUUUUUUUUUUUUAUACGUACUUGCAUGUUUUUGGUAAAAAAAGUAUAAUAUUGUCAGCGAUGGAAAUUGUGUGCUCUUUAGAGGUUUCUGUUAUUUCGUUGAAUUUCUAUAAAUAUACCUAUACAUGUAUAUUUUAAUCGAUAUUUCACUAGAUAAUUAUUAUACAGGAUGUCCCACGAAAAUAUAGAACGAAUUUUAUUUAUUUAUUUAUUUUUUUCAUAUUAAUCGCAGGGACAAAGACUACGAAUAUUUUUAUUUAAAUUAGAUUUUUAUACUUUGGUGAACCAAAUAAUUAAAACUAACUUUUUAUUAUAUUAUUUUCGAAUAAUUUGAAGAUAGCCAUUUUAUGGAGAUUAUGAAAACUUUGACGUAUCAACUUUUAAAUUACAUUAGUUUGCGAUUUUUAUUAAUUAUUUUAAGUUCAAUGAAAAGUACCGAUAACUAUGCACAAGGCUGUAACUGCAUUCAUUAAUUGAUUAUUACUAUUAUGAGGGCAGCGAAGAAUGUAUCGGUUGUAUAAAGAUGUUCAUUUAUUAUUAUUUUUUUUUUUUUUUUUUUAUACUGUGUACGAAAAUUCUACCCGAUAUAUACGCGGGGUACCAUUUCUAAAAGGAAAUAUUGUCUAGAUGGUACUUUUGAAAUUUCCAAAGCGAUUUUCAUAAUAUCUGGGAAAAACCGGGAUAUGUCGUAAGAAAACAGGAAAUCUACGAAAAUAAUGCUUAUAUUAUUCAUUUCAAUUUUGCUAUUUGUAUUAGUUCAGUAAAACAUAUUUGUAGAGACUUGAAAUUAGAACAGAAAACUCUUAUUUACCUUUUUUAGCUAUUUAUAGACAUUUUAGUUUUGCGAGUUUUAUAUGUAAUUUUUAUUCGACAAUUACUGUGUGGUAACAUUAUUAGAUUAAAUAGAAAUGCAUGAAAAUUUCACAUGAGGUUCAUUAAAAUUUUAGUUUAAUGUGGUAUUUUUUUUUAUAAAAGAAUUUUAAUAUCAAAUUUUGACGAAAAUCUUACGAGUAAAAAUUAUGUGGAACAAAUCUAAUUUUUCAAUUUUUUUUGAACAUAUGUAUAUUGCCGAUUUAAGAACGAUGAUGCAGAAUAAUAAAAUGUAUACUAUUCGUCGUUUGUAUCUACCGAUAAUAGUAUUUUUACUUCGCAUAUAUAUUGAAAUACAAUUGGUGUUGAGAGGCAGGGCCGCGAUCAACUAUGGGCAAGGGGAGAUGAUUGCUCAGAGGUAGAAAAUUGUAUCGCGUCUAGAGGGUGACAAACUUUUGUAAACUAAUAUAGUAAACUAACACCCUAGAUAGUAAAUUAAGUUUACUGAAAAGUUCUAGAACAUUUGAAACUUAAUGUAUCGAAAAUAUACCAGCAAUAUUUUAUUUCAGCUCAAAAAAUAUUAACGGAAUUUGAUUGCAACGUUCUGUAGUAGUUAAUUGUUCGCCUUUUUUGUUUUUGUCAAAAAUAAAAGUAGCCAAAUAAUGUCAGACAAAUCUAUCGUCCAAUCAGAAGCAAAAACUGUAUAGCUACACUCUCUCUAUCAAGCCUAUUGCAAAUAAUAACACUAGCCCUGACCAACAUAUUAUUAUAAAUUUAUUGAAACACCUUUUUAAAGUUUAAAUCUGAAUCUGAAAUCUGAAAGAAACAGCAUUAAAAUAAUAAUAUAAGUACAAUGAAGUUUAGUAGGUGUCAUUAAAAAUGUAUACAAUAUACGAUAUUAGGAAUUAAAGAUGUAAUAUUUUGGAAACAGUAUAAUGUGUUCCGCAUGUUGCCAUCUGGUAACUGAUUAGUUAUUCUCUAAUUAUCAUAUAAUAUUUAUGGGAUAUCGAAAUGUAUUUUGCUCAUUGGUGGCAUUUUAAUUGAACGUGACACUGAAAAGAAUAGAAAGAAGAUCAGUUUAUAAGUGCAAAUACUUCUUGGUUUAAUAAGGUGAUGGUAAUAAUAAUAUUGUGCAAUGGAUAAACUUAAUUAUAAAAACAUAAGAGGAGCACUACAAAGGCGACACAUUAUCACUAUACACGUUAUUUUAAAGUAAACAAUAUCGCUCCCAUUUAACAUUAGCAAUGCCAUAAACCGAUUUGUUAUUUAAAAUUCAAGUACAUUAAACAGGUAUUAUUUGUGUUUCGGAGAGAGUUUGAUCCGAUAAAAUUAUUUUACGUUAGCCACCACGUUAAAUCACGCACUAUCACAAAUUUUCUAUUUAUUUAUGUAUAUAUAAUAUUUGUAUAAAUCGAAUUCGCUUUGCUAAGAAUUAGACAUUUCGUUACGCUUCGAUGCCGUCUAUUCAAUGGUCUCCGAAUUAUAAUUACUUUUGUGUUAUAUUCAAAACAAUUGAUGGCAUUAAAAACUGGCGAUAGCUAUAAUGGAAAAGUAGAAUAUUCUUUGCCGUAUAUUUCCAUGUAAAAUCGUUGUCGAUUUGGCAGGACUAUUUUUACUGGUGUGCCAAUAAUUUUUCUAUAGUAAUCAUCGUGUCCGUGUAUCCAGUAAAACUUUUAUAACGUUGAUUUAUUUAAACACAUUUUAUAUAGGUGCGGUAUAAAAAUGAAUAAUGACGGAACCAUUAAUAACAAAUAUAUACUCACAAAAUAUUAAAUGUGAUUUAUUUUUUUUUUCAUAUUUAAGGGAGCUCCGGAGUCGGGGUCACAAUUGUCACAGCGGCAGUAAUUUAAGGGGGGGGGAGAGGGAAAUUGUUAAAAACCACACAUUUUGAACGACGAAUACAAUGAGAAAAAACAAAUGGGCAUACUUCGCAUGAUAAGUGGGCCACUAUUGUAAGUGAGAAGGUAGAGGAGAAAUUUCAUGUAUAUCUGUAUGCAACCGUUCAUUAUUACUGACGAAAAGUGAUUUUGAAUGGCGUUCGGUUAUGCAUGCUUUGAAUGAUUUUAAUAUUUACGAUUCGAAAAUAAUACUUUUCGUAAAUUUUCCCGGUUUUCUUACGUUUCUUUCCGGUUUUUCCCAUUUAUUGAAAAUCGUUGAAAAAUUUUAAAAAAAUUACCUCCUUUAAGUACCUCCCCAGCCAGAUUUUCUUUUAAAAAAAAAUACUACAUUAAAAAAUCUAAGCAAAAUUUCUAGUAGAAGUUGUCACAAAUAACAAAAAAAAAUAACAUUGUAAAACCAGUGAACUCUGCUCAGAAUCCAAAGAUAGACAAAUUUACAUAGCAAAUCAUUGCUAACGAAAAACGAUUUGAAGGGAAGUUUAGUUAACAUGUUUUGAAAAGCCGUAAUAUUGACGAUUUUCGUCAAAGUUAGAUAUCAACAUUCUGUUGCACUCAUUUUUUUUUAUCACAUACAUAAUUUAUAAUGAACCUUCUGUACAAUUUUCAAGUAUUUCUGUUUAAUUUAACAAUUUUAUUAAAGAGUAUCUCCCGAAUAAAAAUUACUUAAAAAAUUGCAAAAUUAAAAUGUCUAUCAUUAGCUCAAAAAUGGCUUUAAUGUUUUGAAAAUUUUACCACAUCUAUAGAAAAGACAAAUAUAAUAUCUAUGUUUCUUUACUUAAGCCAGAGAAGAUUUUUGCAUGUAAGGGCUAAUUUUACUUUAAAAAAUGUCAAUAUCUCUCAUAAACAAAACCCGUGAUUUGAUAAAUAAUAUACCAAGGCAUUUUAAUAAGGGGGUAUUUUAACCACAUGCUCCAUUUCAACCCCACAUAGCUUAUUAUUAUUUCCUUUCUUCCAGCAACUGAAGAGAAAUAUUCAUUGGUCUGCAAUCAUAUUAUUUUUCACACUAGUUCUUCGGUUUUAAAAGUCUCAAGGUCGUAUUCACUCCAUGAAACCGUUAUAAUUUAAUAAAACGCUGAAAAGUUUUAUUUCGAGAUGUCACGCUCAGAUCGGAACAAUUUGACGUUAAACCACAUAUAUUCUUUAUAUAACUACUGGUAUUUUAUUAUUAUCGUGCACGGGGUUUUUUUCAUCACCGAAAACCAAAAGCACCUCUCCGAACGGAAGUUUUCAAAGUUCCAACAAUAACUUUCACAAAUGUUAAAAAAAUAGCAAGUUGUUUUUAGUGUUUACAAUAAUUUAUAACUGUCAAUGGCUUAUUCGAGACCGUUUAGACCUAUCGCCGCUUCCACUAUGCAUCUCCAUGCCUCUAUAUUUAACACUAAUCUUUCUCUAUUUCUGACUCCUAGGAUCUUUAGAUUUUCAGAUCUUCUCUGACUCGGUCGCUCCACCUCUAUCUUAGUCGUCCUCUUGGUCUUGUCCGAUUUGCCUUCCACAUUUUGACUUUGUUUAUUAUUUUAUCCUCCGCUUUCCGCCCAGUUAGGUUUUUGAAUUUUCAGAACACCUACUAUAUCGGCUUUGUUCAAAAGUUCUCUUAGGUCUGCGUUUGUCCUUCGUUCGUAUUCAUUGUUUUUAGUGUUCUUUUUAAGCCCGAAAAUCCUCCUUGAUAUUAUCUUUCUCUCAAAUGUCAUUCUUUUCGUCUACCUUCAUUAAUGCCCAGGCCCCGCAUGUAUAUUAUACAAUAGGCCUGAUCAAGGCUUUGUAUAACCUAAUUUUUGUUCUCCUAUAGUUUUGACUUGAACAGUGGUAUUACUAUUAUUCUACUAAACAUGUUUUUAACAUUGUAUAAACAAACUUUGUCCUGAAUAAUAUUUUGUUAGGUAGCAUUGGUUUAUCGCUACAAAUAUAAAUUACAUAUAUAUGUGUAUUCUACCUCCCUAACCUCCCACCUACAACAGUGGUACAUCCCGACUCUUAUCCCCAGUAUUAGCCCUUUUUUGUAUUUAAUUAUUUAGCUGUUUAUUUAUUUGUUUAUUUUAUUUCAUACGGAGUAAACUCCAUUUGCAAAAAGACAUUACAAAACGUUUGUUGUACAUCAGUAUACUAAAUUAAAAACAGCGUAAUAAUUAGUUCAUAUACAAUAUAAUAAUGAAACAUAACAAACAAACAUAUUAAAUUAAUCCACAUAUUGGUGUAUCAAUUAAUUAUGUUGAACAAUGUUGUAUUUAAACAACUAGUUGUCUGACAAGAACAAAAAAAAAAAAUUUCACGUUAACUCGUCCCACAUAAAUGGUACUAUGGUAUGAUUUUCAGAUCUUUUUUUUUUUUUUUUUAAAUAAAUAUUAUACUAUGAUAUUGUAUUUAUACGAAUCCAAUUUGUCAUCGGCGAUGGUAGAUAUAAAAAAAAAAAAAAAAAAACAACCGUCUGCAGUACGUUAAACCGUGGUAUAAUGAGCUCCUCUUUGUUCUUAUUAUAUUCUCCCAAACCUAUUCUUCGACUGGUUAUUAUGUUAUCCACGACAAUUUAUGAUUCACAAAUAAAAAUCACGUACCUAUUUCAUACAAGAUGGAUGGAUGGAUGGAUGGAUGGAUAUAAUUAAUAUUAUAAUGUGUGUGUAGUAUUUUAUGUGUAACGUAUAAUAUAUUAUGGAUUGAGGUGGUCAUAAUCUUGAAUAUAGGAAAAUACAUUUUAAGCACCUCUUAGAUCAGUUCCAGAUAAUAAAAAUAAAAUAAUAAAAAAAAAUAUUUUUUUUUCCUCCUCACCUCCAUUUGUCUAUUUUGCAAAAAUGUAUUAAAACACUAUUAUGGUGAACACGCCGUAAACAUUUUUUUUUUUUAGUUUUUACAAUAAAAAUGUGACCAUAAAAAAAAAAAAAAACGAAUAAUUAUUUUUAUUUUAGAAAACAGAAAAUAGAUAUGUUGGUUAUUUAAUACAAAAUAUUUUCAAAAUAAGCAGACGAAGAUAGAGAGGAAAAAAAUCUGUUCAAUUAUUUAGAACCAAUUUUGGGGAAGAUAAAGAAAUUGUUUUUUCAAAACCAAGAUAAGCACCGCUCUUAUAUGGAUCAUUUUUAAUAAAGGAUUGACUUAUUUAGAAUAAGUAUUUUUUUUUACACCUCAAUGAUAAAUCGAUUCUUCGAUACUCAUUUAAGGGAAAGAGGUACUUUAUGAACGAAUAACGUUAAACCAUAACGUUUAUAACGUUUUAAACCAUAAGAAGUACGACGAAAAUGUAAGCGUUGGAUUUGACGGAUUUUAAUUUUGAUUGGAUAAAAUGUUUACUAUAAUAUCUAGGUUAUUAUGGAAGUUAUUUUAAAUAUAUAAUUUGUUCAGUUGUGAUACUUUUCUAUUUAAAUAUAUUCAUGUUGUGCCACGGCAACAUUUUCGGAAUAUUUAAACCAAAUUCGUAAAAAUCUAGACAACUUGUUAGUCUAUAUAAAUCAGUUUUCAAAACAUUUUGAAACUCUAUAGUUUUGUCCAGCUUUUUGGUCUAAAUGUCACUAUUUUUUUAAUGAGCCCAAUCCCUUUAAAAAUGUUUAAAAAAAAACCCGAGAACACGAUCAAAAAAAUAACAAUAAACUAAGAACAGUAAAUUCAUUAUCACUAUUUAAGAAAUUAUAUUAUAAAAUUAUGUAAAUUUAAAUAUUAUUAAGUUACGAAGGUUAAUAAAAUAAAAAGAAUAAAUAAACCAUAAGAAAGUUUAAAAAACAAAUUAUUUACUUUACUCUGAAACCUGUCUGAUGGUACUUCUUAUAAUGUUAUCACAGUACACUGAAAUUAAAUAUUGUAUCGAUAUAUUGAUGUACUUAUUCGGUUUGCUCGGAAUAAAUAAUAAAAUAUAGACUGUCGGGGGUAAACGAGACCCUACGGUGAAAUAAUUUUACUUCAAUAUUUGAAAGCGAGAAUGAUAUAAAAGAAGAAUCGCGUUCGAAUAUAACGACGACUUUGAGUGUAGAAAACGGAAAUAAAAUUUGUUGACACUCGCGAUGCUUGAAGUUCUUCUCAAUGCUCUUUUAGUAACAUAUUUACCCAAUUUUCGACGAAUUUCAGUAUUCUGUCCAUAAAAAAGCACGGCCGCCGGACGAAACUUUUAAUCAUUUUUACUGAUCUAAAGAGGGGGAGGAGAUUUUUUCAGACAGAAGAAAAACGCAAAACUAUGUACACAUCUAAAAACUAUUACACAGAGACUAUUGUGUCUCGCUUUUCUUGGAAUCUAAAAGUCAGUGCAAAGUAAAUAAAUGUUUAGCACUCUCAACGAAUUGUUAAUUUUGGUAUAUUGCGUGUCAUAAAACUGUGUGAACAUUUUUACGAUGAAGUUAUCUUUUAUUCAUUUUUUUUAAAAUUUUAAACAACUGGAUAAUAUUAUUUGUACAUAAAUUAUUAUACAUAAAUGUAGGGCAGACAUUUUUAAUAUUUUAUCUAAUUAGUGAAAUAAAAUAAAAAAAAGUACACAAAAUAUUGACAAUAAGUUAUUUCAAAUUAAAAUCUAGUAAAAUAUGUUUGUGUACAUAAAUAUUAUUGUCAAGUUCUGAAGCAUGUAAAAUAAUUGUUGUAAAGUGAAAUGUUCAGAUGGUAAAUUUUACCUCAAAAAGACAUGGCACCAAAGCUAAAAUAAAAUACUAUUAUAUGUAUAUCAUAAUAUGUAUACCAUUAUAUGUAUAUCAAUCUAACCUAAGACACUCAUUAUCUCGGAAAGUAUUAACUUUUUUCUAAAUUUAUUUUAAAGAACAUUUAAGAAACAAACUUUUUUAAAAUUUAAUAUUUACAUUAUUUUUUGUUACUUUAAUUAUUGGGGGUUGAAACGACUACCUAAUUUUGAUUCUCAAGUGGUAACCUACACUAAAAAUUCGAUAAAUAGAUUAAGUGGUAGUUAAAAUAAAUUUUGAUUUUUUAAUUUUUAAUUUCCCUCAAUCGGUUGACAAGAUAUUCUACUUUUGAGUUUGGGUCGGGGGAGAACAGUGGUGCAUCAUUUGCGUGGCGACACAGCUCGCGGCGUUUAAAUAAUGUACCAUUACUCUCCCCCAAUCCAAAAUUAAAAGUGGAAUAUCACGUCAACGGAUUGUCGGAAAUUAAAAAUUUAAACACCAAAAUGUAUUUUAACAACUACUUUAUCUAUCUUCACACGAUGGGUAGGCCACUGUUGUAGGUGAUAAGUUAGAAAGGUAGAGGAGAAAUUUAAUGUAUAUCUGUACGCAACAAUUAAUCAUUGCUAACGCAAAACGAUUCUAAGUGUAACUCAAUUAUACAUGUUGUGGAAGGUCGUAAUAUUUACGAUUUUAGUCUAAAAUGAUACUAAAAUUCUUAUAAAAAAAACAGUUUCACGUUACACCCAAUUUUUUUUCAAUCACAAAGUACGAUUUAUAAUGUACCUCUUGUUCAAUUUUCAAGCAUAUAUGUUUAGUCAAACUAUUUUAUCUAUAUAUUAUUCACUAUAACUAGACAUUAAUAGCACAAUAAUAAAUAAAAUGUAUUGAACAUUUUAUUACGUUUAGAAAAGGCAAAUUAGAAAAGUUUUUAUCUAAAUUUCAAGUCUUUACAAAUAUGUUUAACGAAGUUACAAUAAAAAAACAGAAUUUAAAAUAAUAAAUUUCGUAAAUUUUCCCGUUUUCCAACAUUUUGCCCAAUUAUUAUAAAAAUCCCAAGGAAAAUCAAAAAUAUUAUUGUUUAAAAUAUAAUCCAGAUAAAAUAUCCUUUCAGAAAAGAUUCUACAAUUGAAAAUAGGAGAAAAAUUCCUGUUAGAAAAGUUGUUCACGAAAAAAUAAAAUAAAAUACACAUCGUUAAAAAAACCAAUGCAUUCCUUGCUUAGCUUAGAAUCUAAAAAUUAUACAAACAAUUAUUAAUUGUUUUAAAUGAAACAUUCUUGUUUAUGAGUAAUAAAUGAAAAAUUUAUUAUUUUUAUUUUCUUUUAUAUAUUUAAGCAGGUUUCAUCCUUUUUGAUUUUAGAUUUUGAAAUACAUAGAUUUAGAUCAAUUUGAAUUUAAUUCGAUGACGCAUAAAUAAUGUUUGAGAAAAAAAAAUGAUAAAUAACAAAAUGAUUAUCUUUAGAGUAGAUAAAUCAAAGAAAACUCAAAGAAUAUUUCAUUAAGGGAUUGAUUUUGGGAUAUAAAUAUUUAUUAUUUAUAUGUUCAUGAAAAAAUAUUGAAUAAAAGUAUAUAAUUUUUCAAAACAGAAAUAUUGAGCUACUGGGAGUUUGAUUAUUUUACUACAGCUUAUUAUUGGUAUGAAAAAACGAACCACCCUCACGUUUCAUUUUUUAGUAAUUUUUAUAAAUUAAAUUCCAUUUCGGACUUCAAUUAAGACGGAGAUGCGUUUCAGCGUCUCAUUUCCUCGGACUUCCAUGAAUAGGUUGCACAGAUAGGUACGGAUGAAUGCCAAUACAUGAUACGGGUUUCGAUAAAAAAACGAUUCAGUUUGUCUGGUUUUUUUACAGUUAGCGUAAGUUGAGAUUUCCUAGCUGCAAAAGUCUUAGCUAAAUAUUAUACUCGAUAAAAAGCGCUGGAAGGAUUUCCAUAUCACUAUAUCUUUAUCGAAUAUACACUGCAGAAUUGUAAUUUGUAUUCAAUAUAUAUUAUUAUUAAUAUUUACAUCCUAUAACAUUUUACAAAAAUUUGCCUCUCUUAUUCUUCUUCUAUAAACUCUAAAGGCCAUUAUUAAGUCUAGUGCCGUAUCAAACACUUCUUUCAAUUAAUUGUCUGUUGCCAAUGUCCAUUUACGGUAUAAUUUCCUACACCUAUGGUUUUUAAAUCUUUUUCAGCUUUAUCUAUCCACCAUUUUUCAGAUUUUUCUUGAAGCAGAAGUCUCGUUGUUUUCAAUUUGGUGUAUUUUUUUUUACUAUUGAGUUCAAUCGCACGGCCUAACCAGCUCAAUCGGCCCUUAACCAUGAUUUAUUAUCAAAAUUACUAUAGUAUUUAAAAUAGUGAACAUUACGUUGUUGUUUCCGAUCUCGUAUAAAUAUGAUUCGUUAUUGUUAUUCCGGCUACAGAUUUUUCUGAAAAUAUUUCUCUACGAAUAUACACGCAUGUAUAUAUUCCAUUAUUAUUUAUUUUAAUCGAAAUAGAUUAUUAUACAUAAUAAUAUAAUAUAUAUUCAAAAAGUUUUAAAUUGUAUUAUUGCGCACACAUAGGACAUAGAUACCGAGAAAAUCGAAGGAACCGUAAAGUUUAACCGCAAUAAUAAUAAUAGUAUAAUGCGGUAUGCUGUUAUUGUUUAGUUUUUUGAAAAACUAUGGCAACGAUAAACUGUAUAAACUGCAAGUUCAAAAAGUUUUUCCGAAGCAAUUAUAUAUAAUAUUAGAUAAUAUUUAAUAAUUGAACAAACAUAUUGUACGUAUUUUAACCGAACGUAGAUGGUACCUAUACAUAUACAUAUAUAUAUAUACGAGUAUAAUAACGAUAAGGGUCCACUUCGAGCAAUCGAACUUGCCAAUAAUUGGACCGAACGGAAAAUAUUGCGAAACAUCCGAUUUUUCGAAAACAGAAAUACAACCGUGAAAUGCUACGCGUCGGUUCAGAUUUGAAUCGUGCACUUUGCUCGGAAUCAAUUUUUUUGUUUUCACUGCAGUAAACUCACGGGUAAAAUUGUUUGAAAUUAAAUACAAAACUAGCUGAUACUGGGGAGGGAGGUGCCACUGUUGCAGGUAAACAGUUUGGAUUUCGAAAGGUAGUAUACAUAUAGUUAUUUAAUUAAUAACGUGUUUAUUUGGUAUUUUUACGAUUUUCGGCAACAUUUGAUAAAAAACAAAAAAAAAAAAUAUUAAAUUGAGCUCAACUUUUAGAUUCUAAGCGGAACGAGGAAUGUAUUGGUUUUACAGUGAUGUUUAUUUUAGAUUUGGAACGUAGCCUGAGAGAUCUAUUCGUUUUACUAUGAUAAGUGUUUUUUUUUAAUUUAAUUUUUUUAUUCCUUGUGUCUAUGAACAACUUUUCUACCAUAAAUAUUGCUCCAAUCGAAAAAUUACCAGAGACAUUUAGAAAAGUGACGAUCGGAGCAAAAUGUCUGAAAUAAAAGCCGUUUCAUAGAUGGGAAAAAAAAUCACGCAUAGAUAAACCGAUACAUUCUUUGCUACACUUAGAAUCUAAAGUUAGGUUCACAGCGGCACGGUUCGCGUACAGUAUAUAAAUAUAAUAAUGUACUCUCAUAAUAUCCCUUUAGCGUUUGGUAAUAUCAAGUUUAAAUUUCCAGUAAAUUACAUAUGCACUAUUAUAUUGUGCUGGUAUACUACAUAGAUAUAUUAAUAGAUAUACCUACGGUGUAUAGUUUAUAAAAUAAUUGAAUUCAAUUGUUUCCAGUAUAAUUUCCUGGUGAAGACUAUACGGGUGCUUUCCUUCACUUGUAUAACGGAACAUAAUAUAGGUAAUAUUAUUAUUUCGAGCAUACGAGUAUAGUAACUGAGGGAACACUGAUGUUACCACAUUCUAGGAGAUAACAUCUUUGAAAUGUAUUCGUGACAACUUAUUUUACGGAUACGAAUAAUUAACGGUUACGAUUAACUGAAAUGUUGAAACGUAAAUAAAUAUAAGAACAAUAGUUAUUGUUUAAUUGUUUAACUUAAAUAAUUAACUUAACUAUUUAACUAUUUAACUCAACAUAUAUAAUAUCCGCACAACAUCAAAACUUCAAAAAGCUAUAAUUUCGAAACUUUAACAGUACGCUCAAUCCUUACUUAACUAUCGUCCUUAAAUCGGCAGUAUACAUAUUAUAUUCAAAACAAAAAAAAUGGAAAAAUUAGAUUUGUUCCGCAUAAUUUUUCACUCGAAGGAUUUUCGUCGUAAUUUAAUAUUAAAAUUCCUUUAUAAAAAUAAUUAGUGUAUUAAACUCAAUUUUGUUUUAUGACCACAAAGUAAGACUUUUAAUUAACCUUCUGUUAAAUUUUCAAGCAUUUCUGUUUAAUCUAACAAUUUUACUACACACCAACUACCAAAUAAAAAUUACGUAUAAAACUCGCAAAUAUCUAUAAAUAGCUUAAAAAUGGCUUAACAUUUUUGAAAAUUUUACGAUGUCUAGAAAAGGCAAAUAUAAAUUUUCUGUUCAAAUAUCAAAUCUCUACGAAUAUUUUUAACUGAAUUACAACAAAUAACAAGAUUAUAAAAAUAAUAAAAGCAUUAUUUUCGUAAAUUUCUCGAUUCUCUUACGUUUUUAAGUAUUUUACGUUUUUUAUCCUGGUUUUUCGCGCGUAUAUAUCGGAGCAAGAUUUCUGAUAGAAUUUUUGUACACAGUAUACAUAAAAAAAAAAAAAUAAUAGUAAUAAACAUAUUCGUACAAACAAUACAUUCUUUGCUACACUCAGAAUCUAAAACAGUUAUCUAUUGAAAUAUUUAAUUAUUUUUUGAUUUUGUUGUCUAUGUUGUCUAUAACAGGGAAAUACAAAUUUAAACGGUCAAAACAAUUAUUUUAUAAACCCAAUGGGUAAACAUAAGUAUUAAAUUACUCAAGUAGCUAUUAAAUUUGAUAUUUUAAUUAAAAUUAAAACGUGAACAAUUAUUUAAUAAUUUCUACAAUGCUUAAAACAAUUUUUUUAAGGUAUGUUUAUCUAGAUUAUUUUUUUCUCUCAUCUAGAUAAAAUAAAUUAUAAAUCAAAUAUUAUUUAUACAGAUUACCAAUAGAUGAAUUUCAACACCAUAGUAAUGAGUAAGCGAUAGAUAUUAUAGAUAUUGUAAAAUGUUUUUGGCCGAUCAGAAAUGUUUAACGGUUUCACACGAGUAUCAUCAUAACCGAACUCUGAAUGAUUUUUCGUUAACAACGGCUUACCGUUCAACACAUACAUAAACCAAAUAACUCUAUCCUAUCUUCUAACUUCCCGGCCACAGUACCUUACAAUGGUGGCACAUCCGUCAGCAAUAUCGGUUCUUUUAUAUAUAUACAUAUAAUCGGAUCAAAAUUUCAAAAUAGAAAAACGUUCCUGUCGAGUGGUCGCAUGAUUGACUAUUAUGAAAUAUAAUACGUGUUGUCAGAUGUGCGUUUUUGUAGAAUAUUUAGCACACCGUAUCACGCAGUAUAAUAUUAAAAAUUAAAAACUACGUUAACGGCGGUGCAGCAGACUCCAUACUUUUUUUAUUUUUCAUUCGGGUAUUUAAUCCCGUUCGUAUUGUAUACAUAUACAGAACCCUGCGAACAAUAUAAGCAAUAACGCGGAUAAUUCCGUAUUCGUAUUUUUAUUAUUGUCGUUUUUUACGCCCCACAGUCUUUAUUAUUAUAAUUCCCAUUAUAUUAUAUUAUUUUUUUUUUUAAACCCGACGUUGUCGAUUAUUAUUAUUAUUAUUAUUAUUAUUAUAUUUUUUAACGGUAAACGCUAUAUACGCUAUAACGCUAUAACGCGGUAUACGCGGACGGUACGAUUUCGUUGAUAAAUGGUCACAUUUAAAAAUAUUUUGUAUAAACUCGGAACUCGACCGAAUCUGCAAUUAUUUUGGUAGUAGCCACGUACCCUUCAUAAUAGACAUACGCGUACUUUAAGCUAACCAUAAAAAUCAAACGAAAAUACGGGUAUUUUAAAAAAAAAUAAAUUAAAUAAAUUACACCUAACCUAACUAAAAAUAAUAAAUAAUAUAAUAAAAACAAAAUAAAAUAUAUGUGAUCUCUGUUUCUCUGUAAAGGGGUUUCAAUACAUAUAAAAUAUUUAUACUUCAUACCGAAAAACAAUUUUAUUUUGAUGAUUGUUGGACAAUCUUUUUCUUCUUCUGUUUUUGUAUACUUUUAUGACGAACUAAAAUAUUAAAUGCAUACCUUCCUAUAGUAAUUUAUUGUCUUUUAGUAAAAUAUUAUAACACUUAUUACAAGAAUAGUUUUUAAAUUGUAUAUUUAAAAUUCUCAUUGCUUUUACAUACAAUACAAUAUAAUACAAUACACCUGUUAAAAUAGCGAAAACAAUAACACAAACAUUUCGUUGUAAAGUAGAGAUUUUAUUAAACGAUGUUAUAAAAGUAUCAAAUAUACUUCAAAAGUUACCAUUAAGGAAAAAACGGGAUUAACAUGGGACAACACCGUAUCACACAGGACAUUUGUUUACCCUAACGUAAUUUACUAUGGGGUUAUAGCCGCCACGAAAACCCAACCAACCCUCCAAUCACCAUUGCAUAAUACAUAUUAUUACAGUGUUGCGCAAAGAUAACUAGAAAUUUAUCUGGAUAAAGAUAAAAGAUAAAACACUAUUUAACUGGAUAAAAAAUAUAUAAAAAAUUUUUAAUUUUAUUAAUUAAUUUACAAUUUCUACUGAAAUAAAAUAAAAUGAACUUACCUUUGUUCUAAUAACUAAUAGGCAUAAAAUAUUCAAUAAUUAUAAGUAUUUAGAAUAUAUUAUUUCAUUCAAAUUUUAAGAUUCAUUUUUAUUUUUAUUAUUGAUUGAUAAUUAUUUUAUAUUUAUUUACUUUUGUCAGUAAACAAUACUACCUGUAUUCUAAUGUUUUUUUUUUGAUGGUUGAGUACAAUGUAUAGAUUUUUCAUAAUGUAUAAUAUUAAAUUGAAGUUGAUUGUUAAUUUGAUAAUUAUAAAAUAAAUUUAUAAGCAGUCAACCCAGUCAACUCCAUUUAGACCAAUCUAUUCGGUCAUACCCUAUAGAUAUCGGCCCGGAUAUAAUUAGAAUUUAGAAAUAACAUAAAUAAUCAACCCGGAUAAUAUUAUUACCUAUUACUUUAUGUUUUUCAUUUUAUUUCGUAUUUGUACAACGAUGGUUUACUAAUGAGACAUGUAUUUUUAACUUUCAAUUUCAAGUUUUCGAAUUUCUCGGAUAAGUAAAUAUAUUCAUUUAUCUAGAUAAAUUACGUUAGAUAAUUCAAUUAUUCAUCUAUGAUAAUUAAUCAGAUAACUAAUUUGGUUCACUAUCGAGAUAAAAUAAAAGAUAAUUUAUUUAGAUAAUUUAUCUAGAUAAUGCUCAACACUGCAUAUUAAUUUAAACAAUUUUAUACAGUGUUACAGUUUAAUUCAAAUUUUAUAUUUUUAUCUAGUGGUUAAAUGGGAAAAAUGUUGAGGAAUAAGAGGAGGGGAUUAUAUAAAUUACUAAAAAUUGAUGAGUGUCUCCAGGAUUAAUCAAACCCGACAAAACUUUCAGUAAACCCAUCCUGGAAACAAUGCUUCCGUAAUAUUUUUCUCUGAUACACAUAUUUUUAAAAUGAUAUUAAAAAUAUCCCAGUAAUAAUAGUUAAAGUUUCUCUCCAGAUAUCGGAGAAGGAAAAUUUUUACCUCAAUUAAAAAAGGGCUUGAUUUUGUACGUACUAUUUCUGAAUUCAAUAAUGCGAAAAAUAUCAACAUACGCCUAGUUUUGUUAUAUUGGUACACUUACUCAAAUAUUCAUAAUUUCAAGUUUUGAAACGGAAAAAUAAAGUAUCAAUUCAUUUCAGUAUCUGGGGAUGAAUAUUUUACUUUAAUUACUAAUAAAUUAUGUCUUAAAUAUUUCGAAUAUUAUAAAAUUAAAAUUAAUGAUUAAAACAAUAGAUUUUCUAAUCAUGAUAGCAUAAAAACUAGGUUUUCUGCACAAAGUCUAACAAUCUGUGUAGAAAUUAUAUAAAAUUUAAAUUUAAAGAAAUUAUUAAUAAAUAUGAAGCAUAUCUACAUUAUGAAUUUUAAAACUGUAUUGGAAUGUAAAAUAAAUGUUAAUUAUUAUUUUCUUAAAUUAAUUUUAAUUGUUUUAUAAAGUAUGUCCCGCGAAGAUUUUAUUUUUUAUAAAUUACUCGAGGGACUUCACAUAUUUAUAUUUCAAUUAAUUUUUAUAUUUUUGUAAAAAACUUAAACAAAUCAAUUUUUAUUUUUUAAAAAUUUGAAACCGUUUUGUACAGAAUAUUCUUCGGGCAAUUUUUAUAUAUCAGCUUUUUAUAUUCAUUAAACUCGUGAUUUUCAAGCUUUGUUUAACUUCCAAGAAAAAAGUGUUCAGUUAAUUAGCUAUAAGAAUAAUAAACAAUUAGUGAAUGCGCUUACAGCAAUCUGCACAAUUUAUCGAUACUUUUUUCUAAAUUUUAAAAAAAAUAUUAAAAAUCACAAAUUUAAUGAAAAUAAAAAGUUGAAACGUCAAAAUUUUUAUGAAGAAUUAAAUUCUAUUAAAUGGAUAUCUUCAAAUGUUUCAAAAUAAUUAUAAAAAAUGUUUAGUUUUAUAACAAAACAUACAAAUUAAAUUUGUAUCUACAUUUUUAUAGGCCUUUUACCUGCAAUUCAUAUUAAAAAAAGAACAACAGAAUUUAAAUAUAAUUAAUUAUAUUUACUAUCUCAAAAGAUAUUGCAAUGGCUACAUCUUCAUGAGGCACCUUGCGGAAGUCCAUUAUAAAUUUGAUAAGUCCAAAUAACCUAUAAUUCGAGAGGCUGAAAUUGAGGUAACAAAAUAUUAUGUAAAUAAAAAAUGCAUUGAAAUUGAAGAGUUUAUAUUUUUUGUAAACAACAAUAUUUUUACAAACUUUUCCAAACCACAUUUACUAUAUUAUAUAUAUUCUGCCUCAUGUAAACCCACAUUCUCUAUUUUAAGGCAAUAGAUUCGAAAAAUAUAUGAUUGCGAAAAAAUACAGAUAUUUAAGUUUUAUUUUAAUUGUUUAAUGUAUUAUAUAAUACAAUUUUAAUAGUAGAUUAAACACAAAUUGUUGUUUUCCUAGACAAUUUUUCCCUGAAUUUUGAUUUUAAUUAAACAUUGAAAAAUACAAUAAUAAUAAUAAAUCGGUUUUUUUUUUAUAAUAAUUUGGUGUACUUACCAACAGUCGGUGUACUUAUAAACACAGUUUAACCACUUAAAGCUACGUAUUUAUUUAUUUUUAUUUCAAACAACAUAGAUUAUAUUUUUCUGAUGAUGGAGUUUGCAUACAAUCUGUUGUUUUUUGCUUAAAAAUAUGCUCUGUAAGAAAAAUAUGUGACUACUCAUAAAGUGGUCGGAUUUGUAUUGAUUUUUCUCUCUUUAUCGCAAAGAGGAUAAAUUAAUACCGGACGUAUUGGACGUGGAUUUUAAAAAUUAUAGGGUACUUUCAAAUGUUAGAAUUUGAGUUUGAAUGUGAUCUUUUUUCACCAUUUCUAUUUUUUCUUUCAUUAUUAUAUAUAUACAUAAAUCAAAGUCAAGAAAACAUUAUUAUAAUCACUUCACUCUACGCCAAAACAUGAUUUUUUUUCCUGUAAAUUACGUGUUAAACAAAAACAAUAAAAACUAAAAGUAAAGUAUAAGAUGUUGUUAAGUGUAAACAGCAAGCUUUUUUGAUAAUUUUUUUAAUAGUGAUUUUAAGAUUAAAUUUUAUAUAAAGCGUAAAUAUUACAGCUUUUUAAACCAUCCCAUUAUAUAUUAUCUAUUUAAUUGUAUUAAACUUUGUACGAUAAGUGGGCCACUAUUUUAGGUUAGAAGUUCGGAAAGUAAGAUAGAUAUAGAGGAGAAUUUAAUUUGUAUCUGUACACAAAGAUAAACCACUGCUAACGAAAAAUAAUUAGGAUUGAAGUUUCUUUUAUACAUGUACGUAAAUUGUUCCAUUUUUCUAAGGUUUUUCCUAAUUAUGAUUGAAACCGCUUGACAAACCAAAAAAUGACCUCCCUAAAGUACUAUUUAAAAUAUAUAAAAUAUUAUUUUACAAAAAGUGCUUGAAAGGUUAAAAGGUAGAAGGUAGAAAAGUUGUUCACAGAUAAAAAAAAAUGAACAUUAUUGUAAAUCCAAUAUAUUCCUCAUUACUCUCCGAGUAUAAAAAAACAUGCCGAUCGAGUGCGAAUCGAUACAAAUCGAAACCGAGCGAACUACUCGUAUUUUGUUAAGAUUCCUUAAGACAAGUUGAUUGUAAAUGUAAAUGAUUUAUUGGUUGGAUGAUUUUUAAAUAGCUACGAGCAACACUCUAAUGAUAAAGAGGAGUUCGAAAACAGAAACUCAUCAUUUGAACUUCUAAAUUUGAUAUUCAGAGGUUAUCUUAAAUUCGCACUGACUAAAAUCGUAUAAUAUUACACGAGGUCUUGUUCGACGACGUUUAAACAUUAAUUUUUCGUGAAAGCCCAAAGGAUGUUAUCAGAAAACACAUGCGUAUAAUUUAACUACAUCAAAAAUACUACCUCAAAGAGCGCCUUUAAAGUUUAUUUUUUGAUCUUUGAUCUUUUAAGUCUUACGGUCGAAUAUUAUAAACAACUAUAUGUCUAUAUAUUAAUAUUACUAUAACCCAUCCAACCAUAUUAUAAUUGAUAAAAACUAACAUGGUGAAAUAUUAUUAAUAACUAAGUAAGUAAAUGUAGGUAGGCAGAGCAUUUUUUAAUGAUGUUAUCUGCGUCAAAAUAGACACACAGUUAGUCCAUUGAAGCACAUUAAGACUUUGCUUCCUGUGUAUUCACUAAUAGUUAAAUGAUGAAUUAUUGAAUAAGUAGAUUAUGUAACAAAAUAUUAUCACAGUUGGGGGAGGGGGGAUGGUAACUGGGAAAGGUCCGACAUUUUGAGGUCAGGUUUGAUCUCUAUUCUCGUGGAGUUUUCUUGAAAGGAAGGAAAAGUGGACACGCAGUGGAUAGAUAUUCACUAAUUUGAAAUAUAUGUAUAGUAAACUGGAACAAUUAUGUACCAGUGUGCAAUCGUUAUUUUUCGAAUUAAUUUAUUUUUAGAUUCUGAGAGAUUUUUCAAUUAGAAUAAAUGUUCUUGUCAUACUAAAAUGAUACGAGUUUUUCAAUCGACAGUACUUAAUUUGAAACCAUUUUCAAAGUUAUUAAUACUUUUUCUGAAAAUUAAUUUUGUUUUUUUUUUUUUAAAAAGAUUAAAUUUUUACAUUUUACAUUACAUUUUUGACUUGGGGUUUAAAACGUAUUUAUCUAAAUUUCCAUUAGUUCGGCGUCUCUCUUAUAUUUAAAUAAAAAAACUAUUCUUUUCCUAGAAUAGUAAAAUUUAAAUUACCCUAUAUCGUAUUCAAUUUUCUCGUAGUUCCAACCUACAACAGUAGCCUACCCACGGUACGAAGUGGGUAAAGUAGAACGGUUUGAGUUUGAUAAUUUUGAUGAGUUUUAUAAAACUAUUAUUCGUGAGUCAUGACUGUUACAUUCGGAGGAUAGCCAGGGUCUAUUGAUUUUACUAUGAUGUGUUUUUUAUUUAUUUUUUUGUUUUGUUUGUAAACAACUUUUCGAAAAGAAAACUGGCUCCGAUAAAUAAAAAGUAGCACCUUUCCUGAAAGGAAAUCUGUCUGGAAAGAUACUUUAAGGAGGUAAAUUUUCGAUAAUCCCAAGAGUUUUCCCAGCAAAUGUGAAAAACCGGGAAAAACGUAGGGAAAACCGCAAAAUCGGUACAUUAAACAAAUAUUAUUAAAGAAAAUAUAAUAACUAUAUCAUAAUGCAUAUGUAAUUAUUUUACCAUAAUAUGACGUAUAAAUAUUGUUGGCAAAGCAUCACUACCAACUGAGCUCCGCUCAGAAUGGUUUUUUCGUUAGCAAUAGUUUAUCAUUGCUUACAGGUAUACAUUAAAUUACCUAUAAUAGUGGCUGCAUCCGUCUCCAUUAUUCUAGCAUAGCUUUUUUAAAUGCGAUCGUAUCACAUCAUAUAAAUUUAUAAAAUGAAAAAUAUCAUUGGAUUUUGUUUGGUAAUUUUAAACAAACAAAAACAGUACAUACAAUAUUGAUUAUAUCGACGGAAAAUACUAUGAAGUUUUAAUCGUUUAUCAACCAAGAAAAACAUAAUUAAUUAUGUAUUAAAAAGUUCCCACGCACGGAUUAAAUAAAUACUUAGAAUAAGAAUCAAUUUCCACCUGCUCUAUUAUUUAAAUAAAAACCCCGUUCUACGGUAUGCGAAAAAAAACCAUUUGAUAUUUUAACAGUUUAAUUUUUGUAUACAACAAAUUUAAAAUCAUUUAAAUAUAUUGUAAUAUAUUUAUAUAAUGGUUUUGUCGUUCCUUUAUACUAUAUUAAGUAGUUUUUACAAAUUUAUUAUUUUCGGACCACCGAACUGGUAAAUUCGAAAAUUGACUUCUACACAGUCGACCUACUUAUUAUUAUUUAGUCCAAUUAUUUACAAAUAAAAUUGUCAGUUUAACACACUGUGUACGAUUUACGCCUCAACCUAAUUGAAAAAAAUUGUUUAAGAUGGAAGAACUAGCUUUCUGAGAGAAAAACAAAACAAAACCCAGAGUUUUUAAAAUUAAACACCUAAUAUUUAUUAUUAAGUUGUUUCCGACACCGAUUAUUGAAUCAAACUUUUCACUUUGAAAACUACCGCCGGAGUUUCAUAGAUUCGUAUUACCUAUAUAAAACGUAACAAAUUGCAAUUGUUAUUAUUGCAAGUACGCCUGAAAUAAUUUUGACAAAUAGUACGAGUUUUUCGGGGGUUCUGAAACAGCGGUAACAGCAGUGGCCAUAAUUUUUGUUUUAAAUUAUUAUAUUCAAAAUUCGUGGCACGGACGGGUGGUUACCGCGACUUACUGUUUAUUUUACGUUGAUUGCUUUUCAUGGGUUGUUAAACACCAGACGAAACAAGACACCGUGAGAAACAAAACAAAAUAAAAGAAAACAUCAACAAAUAUCGUCUUUAUUAAAUACAACGAUUAUUUUGAUGCGCACAAUGACUGAAUGAUAAAUAUUAUCAUAGCGAUUUCGUACGAGCCGUUUAGUAAUCUGAUUGAUUUGGUUCUAAAUGUUUACGAUAUACUAAAUUUUCCCGCAAUGUGUUAUUACGCCGAAUUAAAAAAAAUCAGUAUACAAAUUGGAUAUACUCUUAUAGAAAAUUGAAAAGGUUGUUCUGUUAACAAAGAAUAAUAUAGUUAAUAAAAAUAUACCGGAAGCGACAAUAAACUAUUGUUGAAAUUAGAGCCGGAUUCGGACAAAAUCUUAUAGUAGGCAAGAUUUUUCAGUCAUCCUAAAAUGCAAAUUUAUUUCCUGUCUAAUUUUACAAAAAUUGUCAUUUUACACGCUAUUAAACGUCCGUAUGCCUUAGAAUGUCAAAUAUUUAUGCUACUAAUAAUAAUGAUAAUUAUAGAAUAUAAUCUCUAACGUUUUUUUACCCCGCGCACGCCAUUUGUCACAUGAGGUUUAUGCAAUAAUAACUGGCGUUCUAAUUUCUCCACUUCUGGAGAUAAAUUGCUCAGUGUGUGCAUUAUUUUUCGCGUUGUCCGUAAAAACAGAGGAUUACAUUAUAGCCAUUAAUUCACAUACGGUUCUCCAUUCGUACACAUUUGUCGACGUUUAAUUCGUAAUAUAUUCGGCUAACCGAAGCAGGCGGAUCAUUAAUCUCAGUGUACAAUAAUAAUAUAUUACGUUAUGGAGAAAAUGACGAUUAAAUAAUUAUUCCCUCAGUUAAUUAUAUGGGAGUCGAAAUUCGGAAUUCCGAAUCGGUUUAUUGCCGCAGGUAUGUAUUAGGAAUGGUGGUAGACAUAUAGUUAUAAUAAUACUCGUAAAUUAUGGACAACUCAAUUAGAGUGGGUAUAUAAUAUAAUAUAUAGUAAGUGAAUAUCGUACGAAUGAAAUAUUUCUGUAAAACCGGCGCUAGACAAUAUAAAACAGGUAAGUUGUAAAUAAGCCAUUGCACGAAUAUUUAUUUUUCUUAUUUUUUUUAUUAUUUUUUUUUUUUGAAAUCUUUAUUUCCUAUGGGACCACUUAUUUUAAUUAAAUUACUCUUUUUAGCUUUGAAAUAAGUUAUAGUAUAAAGUAUUGGUUAAGACACUAGUGGUUUGUAAAUAGCUACUUUCAACGUAAUGCGUUUCCGCUAUCGCUACGUUUUCAAAAAAAGGAGUUUUCUACAACCACCUACAUUUUUUUUUAGAAGUGUAGUGCGAUUUUUUUUUAAAGUAUCACGCUACUUUUACUUUUUAAUUCUUACUGAAAAAUAGGAAUUUAUUGUUAUUUCAAUAUUAUAGGUUCUGACCGAAGCGAGGAAUGUAUGGGUUUUACAAUGAUUUAUUAUUAUUAUUUUUAUCUGUAAACCACUGUUCUACCGGAAAUCUUGCUUCGGUAUUCAAUUUUAGUACUUUUUCUGAAAGCAAAUUUUAUCUGGGUAGUACUAAGGAGGUCACUUUUUGAUUUUCCAAGAAGUUUUCGUAAUAGUUGAGAAAAAACGUAGGAAAAAUUGUGAUAAUCUACGAAAUGUAUUAUUUUCAAUUUUGUUUUUUGUUGGAAGUCAAUUAAAAAUAUUCGUAGAAACUUAAAAUUUAAACAGAAAAUUUAUAUAUUUUGAUUUUUUAAAUGUGAUAUAAUUUUAAAAAUCAUUUAAGUUAUUUUGGAAAUAUUUAUAGAUUAGCUUUGAGAGUUUUCACGUCAUUUUUAUUUGGUAGGUACUCAAUGAAUAAAAUUGUUUGACCAAAGAGAAAUGCUUGAAAAUUAAACUAGAGUUGCAUUAAAGGUCAUAUUUUGUGAUCAAAAAUACAAUAGGGUGCAAUGUAGAAUUUUUUUUUAUAAGAAUUUCAACAUACAAUUUUGACAAUGAGCCUCCUGUUAAAUGUUAAAGUAUUUCUGUUUAGUCGAACAGUUGUAUUCAUUGAGUAUCUACCAAAUAAAAAUUACGUAAAAACUUGCACAAUUAAAUAUAAAUAACUAAAAAACGGCUCAAAUAUUUUUAAAAUUUCAAAAUGUUUUGAACCAAAAUAAACUCAAACUUGGUAGUCACAGUUGUUUUAUUGAUGGAUUGAUAUGAUGAAAGUUGUAUUUCAAUAAAUUAAUUUUACUGCGUUUUGUCGAGAAAAUGGUGUUUUUUUUUUUAGCCUUUUUUCACUACCACAAAUCCCUUCUCCACAUGAGAGUUUUCCCCCAAAAGUAUGCAAUUACGUAUAUCGUCGCCUCCGUGGAAAAACCGUGAAACUCGGUUUUUCCUUCUUCCUGAAUAACUUCGUAAGAUCAAUUUACGUAGUUUUGCCAUGAGUCAACGAUAUACAUAAUAUUACUAUUAUCAAUUAGUAUCAAUAAGUAUUUGCUUUUGGGAAGUUUCGAGUUUCAAUCCCCAUUUGUACUUAUCAUCAAAUUGAGUAGUAUUGUGAUAUUGAUAUUUUGUAUUGUUUCGCAAAGAAUAAUAUGUCUACAUUAUCCACGAAUAUUAUAAAAAAAAAGAUUUUUACUCGACAAUUUGAAAAAAUAAAUAAAAAUACGAAAUAUAUUUUUCAUAACGACCCCUAGUGGAUUGCAGCAACCGAUGUGGUAUUAAAUUAUGCGUAGGAUAGUGUGAUUAAUAACGUUUCCGUUUUGUUGACGCGCAGGCGGCGCACAAUUUAUUCUAGUUUAGAUAACACACGGAUAAAACGAAAUUAUUGGCAAGUAAAAUAUUAUGUUAUACCGUGUGGAAAAACAAAACCUCUGUGUAUACAGUGUGAUUUUUUAUUAGUUAUACAUCGCAAAUAAUUGUUUUAUAUGAAAGUAUAAUGUUAUUAAUCAGUAAUCCCGUACUUGCAUAUAUCAUGUGCACGUGAAAUUCUAUUAAAAAUUAUAUAGUUUAUUUUGUAUACAUAAUAAUUAUAAAUAAAAAAAAAACUCACGAGUAGCAGAGCUCUACUCUGUUAUCGUAUGUUCAGACUGAUCAAUAAUCGAUAAGAUACUAAUUAUCUCGGAAAGUAUUAAAUUUCAUGGGGACAUUUUUUUCGAAAGAAUUUAUAAAUGAAACAGCUUUAAAGUUUUACUUUGCCGUUUUACUUUUUUGACCUUUAUUUUUGGAAAUCAAACCACUACACCCUUUUGAUUUUUAAUAUAAACCAAUAUUAAUAAUUCCAUAAAUAGAUGAAGUUUUAAUUUAAAUAAAUUUUGGAGUUCACAAUUUUAGUUUCCGUCAACUCGUAAUGAGAUUCUCUACUUUUAAGUUUUGAAAGGGGAGAGUGGAACAUCAUAUAUGCCAUGGUGUAUUAUGUUUGAAUAGUGGUCCAUCCCACUUUUACCUUACCUAACCUUAAAUGCAGAAUAUCUCGUCACUGAUGGUAAGUAAAAAUAUAAACAACAAAAUGUAUUUAAACUAAAAUUUCAUCUAUUUAUCGAAUUUUUUUAUGUAAAUUGGGAUUAUAAAAACCAAAAGUGUAUAGUGAUUUCAUAAGUGUCACAAAGAAUAAUAGUAUCUAAUUUUAGAGCUGCUUAUUUCUCAAACUGUUCACAAAAAAAAAAAAAAAAACGGUCAUACUUCGCACGAUAGGUGACUGAAAUUGGAUAUAUAUCUGUGUACAACGAUUGAUUGAAGUGUUGAUUUGUCAACAAUAUACAUAAAUAUCAUAUUAUGUCAUUAUGGUAAAAUAAAAUAUAAAUAUUUUCCCCGAUGUCUUAUUGACAAUUGAUCACUGAUUACUCGAAUUCGCUCCCACUUUUUUGUAUCACAGGAAUAUUCUUUGUGGAAUAAUAAAUAACCUCGAAUACUGUAUACUGUUUCCAAAUAAAUGUGUGAAAUUUGACCGCGAAAUGCUAGGAAUAAGAACAAGGGCAAAUGCACAGAUUAUUUAUGAAGAGAAGGUUGUUGAACUUCAGUUGUUUUUAGUAGCUUGACAUAAAAAAAAAAAAAAAAUUUUAGUUAUAGGAGUUGAAUAAAUUGUUGAUUGAAUAUUGUAUUGUGUAUCGAAUAAAGGUUAUUACCAUUAAUAAAUACAUAUUAUAAUUAUUUUACACUUCAUCCUCUCUCUCAGUAAAAUAUCACGGAGGUCAACAAAGGUUUAAUAAUUCUCAUUAAAGCUUAAUUUUUGAAAAUCUUAAGUUUACCGAGUAAUUAUGCAUUAACUUGAUUAGCUACCGUUACGUUCCACGGGUUAUGCAUAGUUACGUUAUCUUAAAUUAUAAAACAAUGUAUUUAAGUAUCAAAGUAGACACAAAAUAAAAUAAUAAUCAUCCAAAUAACGCCAUUAAUGUAUAGUAAAAUAUGAAUGUGUUCCAAGGUGUAUUGGGAUACAAUGCAAUAUUGUGAGUGUUGGCCGGUGACCCGGUGGGCUUUGAUAUCGAGGAAAUAUCGGUUGCAUUGUGCAUGGAGAUUUUAAUAUAAUAAUAAAAAACAAAAAGGGUCCGGCUUAUGCGCGUCGUACACAAGUGAAACUCGCCGGUUCACGGUUUUAAUGAAUAAUUAGGUAAAUGGCUCCGUUCGCAGUUUUAUAAAAUAUGAUUAAAUAAUAUAAUAAAACAAUUAUCAGUUCAUGUAUGUAAAUGAGUAAAACACUAGAAAAAAUUAUUUAUUUUUGAUGGCUAACAUACUUGGGAACCUCAUAUAAUCAAUAAUAAAACAAGCCCAACCAAAAUUAUCAAUAUCAUUAAAACUGGAGUGCUUAAUGUAAUGUUUAAAUUAAAUUAUAUACGUAUCUUGUUAGAUCUAAAACUGACUAUGGAUCCGUGUGUUAUGGUUAUGUUAAUCCAAACAUUUUGAAAAUAAUUGAUAUAAUUCAUAGUAUUGUGGUCUUUGACUUGCAACAGAAGCAUUUCGAAGCAGCUUAAUUUCAAGCAUUUUAUCCAUUUCUGGUGAACCGCCUGUUCACAUUUGUUGAAUUAAAUUAUCUCUUAAUUACGUAGCACGUAUCUUAUCUACUCCAGAGAAUUCAACAUUUCCUUUUUUAAUUAAAUACUGUUUUGGACAUAUAUUUUGUACUAAUUCCAAUCUUUUAACACCACUAAGUUUAAGGACGAUUAAUGAAAUGUCUCUUACUAAUAUUUAUCUAAACAAAAUAAUCAAACGAGAAGUUUUUUAGUGCCUCCGUGGAGAAUGCCAGCAUUACUCGUAGAUACUAGUUUUACAUAUUACACUAAAAAGUACGUCGAAUAAUACUAUUCUAUAUUUGUAUUUAUUAAGAUAACAGACUGAGCCCAAUUUACAAAAAUGUCAAACAAAUACAUUAUGAUACGCGAGUGAAAUUAAAUUAAGAACAAAAAAAAUAUAUUGGAUAAGACUAAGUUAUAGUAGUUUUACCUUAGUAGCGAGGACAAGCUCAAAAAAUAACUAUAAGGUAGGGUGUAACAAAAAUUUAAAAACUGAAAUUACAAAAAUUAACCUAAAGGAGGAAUGACGGAUACUCAUUGGCUAUACGCGUAAUUUUAGUGAAAGGCUCAUUUCUUAAAUAGUUGGUAGAGUAAUGUGGAGUAAUAUAAAAUGUAUAAUUCCCGGUUGUACGAGUUGGUACCUUAAAGUUUAAAAGAGCAAGGAGAGAAGGAGAAUCAACUGAGCCAGAGAUAAUUUUUUGGAAAAAAGAUUUAUUAAGAUGGUUACAACGAUCGGCUAAGGUGAGAUUUAGAAAACGGAGGACGGGGGUGUAGUCGUGAAGCACAUAAUUGAUAAAAGUAUAUUAAAAGUAUACUUUACGAAAAUAACAAAUCUUCGCUGGACAUGCUCGAGUUGUUUGCAAGAAUCCACAGUCUGAGGAUCCUAAACAACUGAACCAUAUUCAUCAAUAGAUCUGACAAACAGAAAAGUGAUUUAAGAGAAUAGGAAAGUUUGAACUCACUUGCUAUUUUUUUAAUAAAAUCUGAAACCUUAAAUGUCUUGCAGGUGAUAUUCGAGGGCUAUAAUUUGUUGGAAAAUAUCUCGUCGGAAAAUAUUUUGUCGGAACGGUUCAAUAUGAUUUCACCACAAGCAUUACGUGACUGUAUGUUACCGCCGUUGGGUCUAAAUUAUUUUCCGACAAAAUACGGUUCUUACAAAAUAUUUUCCAAUACGUUACGCGCCUCCGUGAUAUUGUCAAUGUGCACACGAGGACAUAAAGAUGAAGAAAAAAUAAAGCCAAGAUCGCAUACAUUAGAGUCGAUAGGAAGCAUGUUGGCACCAUAGAUAUGGGUGAGCAGCCACGGGUGAAUAACAUAGAUCUGCAUUUAGAAAUGUUCAAGGACAAUCCGAGUGACGAAAAUAUCUCCUCUCAGAAUCAUUUUUCAUUAGCGAUUAUUAAUCUUUCCUCUUUAGGCUUAAAUAUUGAAUUCCCCUCUAUAUCCUACCUUCAGAAAUUCUCACCCACAACAGAGACCCACCCGUGGUGCGAAGUGCGUACACCCGUUUUAUUAUUAUCAUUAUUCACUAACAGCCUUGGUUGUACCUAAUCGUGAUGAAAAAUAAAAUAUAAACUGGGGAAUACAACGGGUAAUAAAGUUAAAUAGAUAUUUUUUAUAUUUCUCUCUACUAACACCAUAAUAAUAUUUUCUAAACGUCUGAGCCGAAAGCGAACGAAAAUUGUCGGUGUAACGGAAAAUUAAAAAAAUAAUAUGAGAAAGCACAUGCAUUUUGUUGCUUUCAUCUCACAAACGUACGAUAUAGUUGAAAUACGCUUACGAAAACUACAUAGAACUCGCUUAGUUUUGGCUUUAAAGUAAAAACAACUACGAUUUACUAUUAUAAAUUUAAAAUAGAACAAUAUUCUAAAAGACAAGACGUUGUGUUUUUUCGAUUUUCUUAGAAUGUAACAAACGAUUUACCGUUUAUAAGUAACGACUUUUUCAACAUUUCACUAAAACUUUAAAAUAUUUUUUUUAGAAAACCGCAAUGUCUUGCUCUCCGGAAUAUUGGCCUUUAUUAAUUUCGUAAUAGGUGCUUUUACUGUAAAAUCGAAACCAAGCGAGUUCUGUGUAGUCCGCGUAAGCAUGUUUUUACUAUAAUCGAGUUUUUACAAGACGGAAGCAGAAAUGCAGGUAUAGCGUCUUCUUCAGAAAAAGUAUAUCAAUUCGUUUAAGUUUUGUGAACACACUUAUCCGAGAUAAUAAUGUAACCGUCGUUAUUGUAUUGACGUCUGACACGGCAGACAAGUUUAACUGAAAUUCUUCCCGUUCUGACAACAAUAAAAUAAAUAAAUACAUGUAUGCCAAAGAUUAUACUAUUGUUAUUUUUCGUAUUUUAUCGAAUAUUGAUUGAUUUUUCCACUCUGAGCGUGGCGAGGAAUAUAUUGGUUUUAUUAUGUUAUGUAUUUCCCCUUAUGUAAAAAACUUUCCACCAGAUUUGCAAGUUAGGCAUUUUUUUUAAAAGAAAAUGCUGUUGGUUGGUUGGUCUGCAAGAAAGCCGAAUUUGGAUUUGGAAUCAUCUACAUGGAUGAUAAUCAAUCUUCGAUAAGAAACGUAUUAUCUCGGAAAGUAUAAAUUUUUUUAGAUUUUUUUUUUUUUAACGGUAUACAGAACAGCUUUAAAAUGUUACUUGUCGUUUUGCUUUGUCACCCUUAUUUUCAUGGGUGAAACUACAAACCGACUUUGAUUUUUGAAUUUCAAUCUCAAUUUACAUGCAUCAUUGAUAAAAAUUUAAAAUCUCAACUCCAAAAUGUGUGCGAACUAAAAUUGCAUCUAUUUAUGAAAUUUUUAAUAUUGUUUAAUUUUUGAAAUAUUUUUUUUAUAUAUUUGUUAAAUAUUAAAGGGAAAAGAUCUUAGAAGACGGGAUAAAAUAUUCCCCUCAUCCUCGUCACUCGUCCAUUCGAUAUGAUCCGUUGUUUUAAAUAUUUCAAAAAUACGAUCAUUGUAAACAAUUCUGUUUUGAAUGAAAAAAAAAAAAAAAAAACUAGACACAAUUGUACUUAUCGAAAUAUCAUUAGUAAUCGAGUGGAGUACGCUAAAAAAAAAGUCCUGUGAUUAUAGGUACUUAACUCAAAGACCAAGGUUUCCAAUUAAUCAUCCCUCGUUAUAAUUUACCGUAACGUUAUUAUUUUAAUGACGAUACAUCUAAUAUUUCAUAGCCGUAAUCUUAUGGCAUAAUAAUAUUAUGUAAUAGAUAUAUUUAUCGUCUUUGGAUCUAUGAAUAUAACGCUUAUACGUUUAGUCAACAAUUAUGAUCAGUUCACCCACGCACAUAGCGGGGAGUUAUUUUAAUAUUAUGUAUAGAACCCUCGUCGAUCAAAUAAUAUUAUGAUAAUAAUAUGCAUUUAUGAAAUUUUGAUUGGCCCAUUUGUAAAUUCAGUUACGUGUAUGACCGCAGACAGUCGGACUGUUUGAUAUUGCGCAGAACCGCUAUAAUAUUUGUGUUGAUAUUAAUAUGAUAAUAUUAUUAUUCGGACUUCUAAAACCGAACGCACGUGGGUUUAAUUCGUUCGUACGCUUCUGGGGCGGUUCCCGAAACACUGUAAUGGUUUUCAAUAAUUUUAAUUUUUGAGUAGGUAAAUCAAUUUUAUAAAGUGUCCUAUAAAUGCAAAUUUAAUUUUGAGAAUUGCUAAAGAGCAUAUUGGCAUUGUUACAUAAUUAAUCAGCUGUCCCGUACCAAAGAAAAAAAAAAUAUGUAAUACAGACAUUUUCUUUGGAUUUCCUGGUUAAAUCCCCGUCUCCCAGUAACUAUCACUGCAGUUAACCGUCGUUGCUCUUAAAUAAAUAUUUAAAAAUUCCUUUUUUUUUUUUUAACUUUUAUUUUAAACCUGUCAGAAAUUAAUUAUAUGGAUGAUAAGCAAUGAAAAUUUUUUAUAAAUUAUUAAUUUGAAUUCAGACUAAGCUACUGCAGGUUACGUCUAUUACUUCUAUUGAUCAUAUCGACGAUUUUAAUAGUUUAAAACCUUCAGCGGACAACGUUAAAUAUUUUGCAAAACACCAUGUAAAAAAUCCGGUAAUUUCGGAUCCAAUCCGUCAUAUCCGUCCAUUUUGACUUUGUAUAAAAAAAGCCCUCGCGCGGGUUUAAUUUAGAAAAAAAAGUAAAAAAUUAAAAAUUACUUUCUCUUGUAUUCUAAACAAAACUUGUAUUAUAGUGACUUAAGAUAUUUUAAAUGUUAGUAUUAAAUGUUAGAAUACCGAGUAUAAACUAUACGAUUUACACUAAUAUAAUUUAUGCCAUUUAGGCCAAAAAAUAAAGGCAAACUAAUUAUUUUUAAUCGUUGUUCUCUAGAACUUUCUGGAUACCGCCCUAUGUUUAUAUUUAUGAGUUCUCGUGUUGUUUGAUAUCUAUGCAACGGACCACGGUAACCUUUAUUGUGUUUACACAAGACAAGAUUCAAAUAAUUGGUAUGGUCUUAUAUUACUUUACAAUCCUAUACCUUGAGGGUGUCCAGUCGAGGGAUAAGUAAAGUUCGAGAUGCUAGCCUAUGGUAUCCUCAUGAUAAUGGCUAUUCAUCCCUGGGAUUACAUUAUUCAUAGAUAUGCACUCCACUUGACUUCACUGAAAAUAAUCAACCAAUGGAAAAUUUGAAAUUUCAUGAGAAAUUCGAUUUUCCGGGAAAACUGGUAGGGCAGGAAUUUUAAAAAUAUGGCCAAGAACUCACAGGAGAGUGAUAAUCAUUAUUAAAAAAUGGAAAAUAAAAAUUGGGGAGGGGACGGGGUAACGUACAUGAUAGUAUAAUAUUAAUCAGUGCAGUUUUGGAGUAGUAACUGUUGCAUUAUAAUAAUACUUUCCAAUCAAAAAACAUCGGUACGUACCACCGAAAUCGUGACUUAACCUAACCUGAUAUUUGUUUUUUUAUUUAAACUUGCAAUAUACUCGCCAUACGGAAAUGCGUGAACAAAUGAUUCAGGUGGCGGGUAACCAUUGUUUAUUUUUUUACAAAUCAAAAACGAACAACUGUAAUAAUAGCAAUGAAAUGAAGGUGGCGUUCACCUAACCUAACCUCCGUACAGGGUUAUCUUAACACCGACACAUAAAGCUAAACAAUUUUUUAAAUCAUCUUUACAGGCUGGCAGUGCCCGUCACCCUGAUCGUCCCGCACAAAUCUUAAAUAAAUGAUCUCCCAGGCUGAUGUUGCCGUUGCUAGUAGUCCGCCACUGGGUACCCCUCCCUCUUCUUGACACCGGUGGCAGCGCCGAGCCUUCGCCUAACCUAAUCUAAUUUAUUGUGGCCUUUUUACUGUUCGCAGGCGUCGUCUGAUGCGUAAUCGCAGCCACGGCUAUCUGCAUCACGACAACGACAGCGGCACCGGCCAAGUUGCAACUGCACGUGCCAUAGAACUUUUCGAUCCGAAAAAGAGUGACCGAGCUGUGCUGCCACCGCAGUAAGCUCCCGACAACCGCGAAACACGGCAUCAUGGGAAUAGCUCCAAUGGCGACGCCCCGAGAUCCCAACCGCGACGAGUACUAUGACACGACGACCGGGUGUCAACGGUUCCGGCAUCAUUGCCGAAGACGGCGCAGGCGACGCCGUGACCGACCGAUGUCCACGCUGGCGUUCGUAGCGUUCGCACUUUACGCUGUGGCCACCGUACCGCCGGUGCUGCUAACACCAGCCUCCGAUCAAAUGAGUCUGUUGAGAAUGCAGCGAAUCAAGUCGUACGUAGACGACACGUGCACCCUGGAUCCGCAUUGCCAGUGGUCGUGGGACAGAGAACUGAAGAACGGUCUGAGGAACGUGACCGUGGACCAGGCCGCGUCCAUGGUGCCUCCGGAUUACUUGUAUCCGCCGGGUAACGACUCCGAAACGGGACAGCGAGGUGAGUGUUCGUUAUUUGAUAAAUGUAAUUUUAAAAAGUAGUUUUGCAGGGCAG